AGUCUCGGGCUGCUGGAGAACUUGCCCCGUCUCCGGGAAUCGCUCGGCGCCGCACCGAGGGGGAGAAUGAGGGACUCGCCGGCCGGGGCCCGCCGAUGGCUCCUCUUCCUCUGGCUGGCGGCCGGCUCGGGCGGCUCCCCGUGCCGCUGGCCCGCCUCGCCGCGCGCGCUCUGCUUCUAUGGGCAGGUGCCCGAGAACAGCCCUCCGGGGACGCGGGUGCAAGGGCUGCGGGUGCCGCUGCGGAGGCUGCUGCUGCGGGCGCCGUCUCCGACGCCGGGAGCCGCCUGGGCCCUGGAGGGCGACGGCGCCUCGCACUUCGCCCUGCAGCUGCUCCCGCCCGGGGCUCCCCGUCGGCGGCCGGCGCUGCUGCUGCUUCUGCGCACGGCCGAGCGCUUGGACCGGGAGGCGCGUCCGCGCUACAGCCUGUGGCUGACGGGCCCCUCGAGGGCGGCGCUGCUGCUCCGGCUGCGGGUGCUGGACCGCAACGACCACCGGCCUCGCUUCCCGCCGGGCCCCGCGCCGCCCCUCGAGGUGGACGAGCUGGCGCCGCUGGGCUCCGAGGUGGCGCGCCUGCGCGCCCUGGACGCCGACGAGGGCGCCAACGCGCGCCUCACCUACCGCUCGUGGCCCGGCGCCUCUUCCGAGCCGGGCCGCCGCCUCUUCGUGGUGCCGCGCAGCGGGCAGGUGCUCACCGUGGGCUCCCUGCUCGGCCUGCGCCGCCUCAGCCUCUGGGUCUCGGCCCAGGACCACGGGCUGCCCCGGCCCUUGCGCAGCCCCGCCAGGCGCCUGGAGCUGGCCGUGAGGAAGAGGACGACGACGAGCGCCGUCCAAGGCGCUGCUCCGUCGCCGCGCAAGGCUCGCGCCCUGGCCGCCUCCUCCAGCCCCAGCUACAAAGUCCGCGUCCCCGUCGGGGCGCCUGCGGGGGAGCUCAUCUUCACCGUCCCGGACACCCGCUACCAGGAGGCCGGCGGCAGCUGGUUCGAGAUGGUCUCUCCGGCCGCGGCGGGGGCUUUCCCGGUGGAGCUGGACAGGGGCUCCGGCCGGCUGUCCCUCGUCCGGCAGCUGGAGAGGGGAGGCCGAACGGAGGUGGUGGUCAAGGUGCAUCGCAUAGACGGGCAAGGUGAGGCUGCCUCACAGGUGGGAAGCCUGCUAAGUCGUGGGGGUCUCUGAGCGGGUGCGGAGCAGAUGCAGUGACAUCUUAGGGGUUUUAAUAAAAACAACAGGUAUAAGCCAGUCCUUAACUUAAAGUAUAUCUUUUGGGGUUGUCGACACAGAAGUUUAAGGUAAACGCCACAGCGAUGCAAUAAGAUUGAGAAUAAUGAAACCGUCUAACUAUCUAAAUGCAGCAUAUUCUAAAAUGCUCGGGCUUGUUGCUGAAUGGAACACAGUGUUAGGUGCCAGAUAUGGGUUGUGUGGUAAAUUGUCCCACGUGGAGCCGGUCAGAGAACUGCUUUGCCACUAAGGCUGUUCUAGUUGCAUAAGCAGCCCAAAUGAUUUCUUGGGAUAGCAAUGUUUUUGUGGUGCUGUGGGAGCAACACUGAAGCAGCAUGUAGACUGAAAGAUUGGUGCCUGCAUUCAUGUGAUUAUUUCAAAAGAGAUGUUGGAGUUCACGGACUCAUUCCCCUUUUAAUUAUUUUGAUUUAAAGCAUAUAUUGACUUGUGUGGGAGAUUUCAUACCUUAGAAAUGCGUCAAGCCUGUAAAGAAACCUACUGAGCAGAAAUUCUGCCUCCUAAUUCUUCAGACUUGUGAUACAGCUACUCUCCAUAGAUGAGUCUUGUCUCAUGCUUCAAACUACACAUCGUGCUCAAGUGUUCGUAAUUUUGCUCAGCCUUUUUCUCAAAGGAAAAUGGUCACAGGUCUGGUGGAUGGGAAAGAGGUGAUUCACUCUUUCUCCUUGGGCCAUUUCUCCUGAUGGGAAAAGUACACAAUCCUUUCAUGUUUUCCCUUUGGAGAGAAGAAGGACAUGGGAGAGCAAUAUUUGAUUAGAAAAAUGGUUUGAGAGGCUCUUCCACCUCCUCCCUCAUUUCUUUGUUUUAGAUUGCAGCCUUCAGAGGCUGCUUCUUAUUUUAAAAGAAAAAAAGUCGGGACAGGUAAACACAAUGUCACGCUGUUUGAUCCCAGGUGGUUUAUUUUUCUUCAACUUUGUAUUUUAUAGUUUAGCUGUGUGAGUUCAUCAUUUGUAAAGAUUUCAACAGUUUGGAGCAGAAUAUUGAGUUAUGGUGCAAACAUUCACAAGCAAACAAGACAUGCUGAAGCACAUUUCAAGCUGUACAUCCUAUUAUCCUUGGCAAACAGUGUGUGGACUGAGGGAUCCUUCCUAACCAAUGUGAAAAUGGUUGCUUGUUUGCACAAAACUACAGUUAUUUCAAAUAUGCAGUUUGCUUUUGAAUAAAUGCAGCUUCCUUCCUGUGAGGUUUCACACUCACAAGGGCUAACAACACAUUUAUGUAUUUUUGGUCAUAUGAAGAAGCCAGUUGUGUUCUCAAGGUGCUAACACUGCCUGUUGCAGCAGGUAUGGGUGGCCUGUAGCCCUCCAGAUAUGGCAGCUCCCAGCUAGCAUGGUCAAUGGCUAGGAAUAAUGGGAGUUGUAUCUGGAGGGCCACACUGAGCUGUGGAGCAUCUCUAAGUGGCUUAGUUUCCAUCUCAUAUGACUCUUUCCAUUGACGUAAUCUAGACAGUGUCUUAGUGCAGGUUUGAUGCAACAACAUCUGGAGGUCUUUCCAUGCUUACUGUGUACAUUUCUGUUUGCAAAUGUCAUGGAUGAGGACAUGGUAACAGAGGUCAGGCCAUUUCUCCAUCUGGUCCAGUAUUGUCCUCUCUGGCAUCAGUCACAGGCAGAUGCCCUUUCCCACCAGCUGCUACUUGAUCUCAGGGGCUGAACCUGGGACUUUCUCCAUUCAAAACAGCGACAGAGAACCUCUGGCCCUCCAGAUGUUCUUAGGUUCCAGUUCUUACUAGACCAACCACCAUGGCCAAUGAUUGUAGAUGAUGGCAGUUGUGACCCAAGAGAGCAACAGGAUCCUCACUUCCUGGUGUAAGCCGAAUGCUUCUACAUCCCUUGAAUGUUUUAAAUAGCUAUUUUUAACUGUCCUUAUGCAUGAUUUUACUGUUUGGUUCUUUUUGUCAACUGCAUUGAGUUUUUCUUCUUACAACCAAGUGGUGUCUAAAUUUUAUGAAAUGUAUAAAUAAUAAAAUAUUGAGCUGUGGUUCGCCCCCGCGCCAGCCCCUCAAACGGUUUAGUCCCAUCCACCUCCACUGCAUUAAAAGUCCAGACAAGGCUUUUGGUGCAGGCUUGAUCUAGCUUAUUAAGUUAAAAGCAGGCAAACCGAUGAAGGGUAUUGCUGUGUUAACUUGUGAAGCCGACUGCGCAAUCGGCAUGUUGCUCUUCUGCAUUGUUGUUCUUUAAAAAGAGCUUAUUAUGAUCUCUGCCAUGAUCCUCUUUGCAAAGCUGUGUUCUGCUUCAUCCUGUGCCCGAUAACAAUAUCGACAAGACAAAACGCCUCGGGGUGGAAAUAAUUCCAGUGAUCAUGUAGGACAAGGUCAUAGCUGCACUUCCUUUAGCUGUUCAAAAUUAAAUUACAUUUGGAAAUCUUCAAAAUAAAACAUGCUGGAAUAAUGUCUGUGUGGUUGCUUACAACUGUUAAGCAGUUGCAGGAACUAUUAAGUUUUACAAAUGCACUCGGAAGAAUUGGCAAAAACCAACCCAUUGGUGGCUCUUGCGAUGGUGCAAUACUGUGGAAUGCCAAGCUUGACCCAGAUGUAUUUCAUGACUGCAUGGAGCAAACAGCCCUUUACCAACAUCCAUUAUGUGGACUAUAAAGAUGAGGAAGGAAAUGUAAACAGAAUUCUGUAAUUUUUUUAGUGCCCUUCAUUUGAGUGGUAUUACACUUAAACAGACAGUACAGAGUUGCCCUGUGUGGUUGUUACUUAUUUAUUAGACUUCUUGAUCCCUCGCUACCCAGAGGUCUCCGAACGAUUCACAGCACAUUUAAAAACAAAGUAUAAAUAAGCUAUAUAAUGAAAACGGAAUAAAGCAACUCCCAUAAUCACAUGUUGAAGAAGUUAUCUCUCAACUUCAAUUUCCUACCUAUAAAAUGGAAAUACACCUAGUGCAUAGAAUUCUUUAAGGAUAAACUAGUUCAGGCAAUGUUAUUGCCCACUAUGGAUAUUACAAAAAAGUAGGUUUGAUGCUUUGCUGUCUCUGGUUUCGUUAUUUUGUGUGCUAUUCUCACCGUCUUUUAAGGUUUGUGUACAUUUCUCUGUCAUCUCAGAACACCCCCAGUCAUGAAUGGCUAUAAGCUUUCUGUGCCUCCUUGUCCCUGGGAGUCUAAUUUAGUCUGUGGGGGUCCCAAUUAGCAAAGGAAACAGGUAAUUACGAAAGCCAAUUUAAUCUCCAAAUUAGUCUAAAUUUUUAAAGAUAGGAAAAUACAAAAUCCAUUAAAUUCCCAGGACUGCUUCUUUGUACUGGUCGUUAUUGCUUUCCUUUUCUUCCAGUAUAAAUCCAUCCUUUGUGUCCUUUCCCUUGAUCUUGCUGAGGCUUUUGGUGUCUGCCCUACUUGAGAGACAAAGUGACCAUAAGCUGCAUAUUGAACCCUGCCGCAGUUUUAUGAAAGCAGAAAAAAGCACCUUUUGUGAGUGUUUGAGAGGAGUUCCAAGAGCUCCAUCACCUUAUUUCUUAGCAAAAUGGAAAGCCUAAAAGAGCAGGGUGUAAAAAAGGAAAAAAAGUUAUACGUUCUGUAUUUCUGAAGGGUGCUGCUGAUUGUCCUUUAACACUCUGUAUAACAAAUCAACUCAUUUUAUGUGUAACAUUUAUCAUAGAGCCCAUAACGGAUGUUCUCUGAGUGUUAAAAGUGUGUAUUCUAAGAAAUGCACUUUUCAGAUAGAUCAAACACAGAGUUAAGUGCAAUGAAAACCGAUUUGAAUUAAAAUGGAACUAAAUUAAAAAAUGGUCCACAUUCUGCCAGAGGAAUUUAAUUUUCAUCAGUUCACCCAGAAGUUAUAGGAACGACUUCAGAGAUAUUUUUGAACUAUUUCAGUGAAUUUGUUCCAAGUACUGGCAGUACCUCACAUGAUGAAGCAGAUAUAUGUCUCUUCUUUAAGCAGCUUACGUUUAUUAUUGAUUUGUAUACUUUUGGAAUAAGUUGGUGGGACGAAAGUGUAGCAGCAGUGGUUUGCAUUCAGUUUUCAACACUUAUUUUGGGCUAAGUAAACUUGCCCAGACCAGGCCCAUGUGGUUUAAGUAGGUAGUAAUAUCCCGCCCCCACCGCACUCUUUGGUAUCAGUUUGGCUUAAACAUCCUCCUGAUUUUGUGCCUUGCCAGAUCGCUUUCUUGUGGUGACAGAUCAGUAUUGACAAAUAGCUUGGCUGUAACAUCAAGCUGUUUAUGUCAACGGAACAAAAUGUUGUGUGGUCAUAUUGAUUCAGCACUAGCUGAACGCUUUUGUAUGUCUGAUCUUUUUUGUGUGUGUCAGGCGGGGGCUUGGUUGAAAAUCAGGAGCCAGGGAAGCACAUUUCGUAGUCUGUAAAAUGCCCAUCUGAUGUAGCACUGAUGUUAAGUAUUUGGGUACUUCUGGAUUUUUGGCUAAUAGUAUGUAACAUUCUAAAUGCAAGACGGUAAUUUGGUUGGCUUUUGUUCCAUUUGAAAAGCAUGUCUUGAGCACAAACCACAGGAAUUGUUUCUUCACCAAAAGCCCGGUCAACACAAUCAUCAAAGUUGGCAGCAUUGUGUAAGUAGCCAGCCAGUGUUAGAAACUCAGCUAUAUAAGCUAGGCUCCUUAAACCAGGGUUACAGUCACCAAAAUGGAAUGCCUAGUUGCCAUUUUGGAGCCAGACAGCUUUGAAAGUCAUAUUUUUCAAUAUGGCUUUUUGGUUCCUGAAAUUCAUUCUGAUCGUGCAGAUAAAAUAUAAUGGAUAGAAUUCUCCAGCAUGUGUUGCUCGUGCGUGAAAACAGUCAAGAUCCAAGGCGUGGCACCUCCAGAUGGUGGAGACGUCAGGUGCCAUCCUGGUGCUGGGGCAUCUUCACUUGGUCGCAAGUGGCCGAUAGCCAGAUGCAAAGUGCACCUGGUGCCUGGCGAAUUUUGAACGACGUAGCCAGCCGCCAGUAAAGUAUGGAAACCAAACUUGUGUGAGUGCAUCUGGAAUUAUUAAAAGCCAUUGUCAAACAAAGGUGGUUGUCUCUUUCUAAGUGGCUUUAGUUAAUCAAGUCAACCUCAGUAAGCCCACUUUUUAAUCAAGUAAGUUAAGUCUCUUAGCCUCAGUUUUCUUGUCAGUGCCUAUAAAACAGUUCUUUUCAUGUACUGGUAUUUAUAAUACACCUUUGUUCAGUUACGGAUAUAAAAAUGCAGUGGUCUCUCAUUGGGGCACCAUCCAGACCCAAACCUGCUUGGCAUUAGCAAGAUGGCCAACAGCUCCCAUCAUCUCUAAUCGUUGGUCAUGUUAGCCAAAGACCAUUAUCCAUUGCAAGAUGGUUUUGAAGGUGAAUUAUAUUUAUUUAUUUCAUAAAAUUUACAUACCGCUUGAUUGUAAAAACAAAGUAGAACACCCCAGAUGGGUUUACCAAAAAAAGGGUUUAAAGGAGGGCUGCAUGGCAUUUGAGAUGCUGCAAAAGCUACAGAAAACAAUGGUGAAGCCCCAGUUCUUUGUGCUGAAUCCAUACGUACUCUUUGCUUGAGCAGAAGGUAAAACUAAUCAAGGUCCAGAUAGCGUUUUCGGUUGGUGUGCCCUGUUCGCUGGCCAGGUUUUGGAUUUCAUUGGUUUCAUAAAGCUGUGCUGGAUUUAGGACAGUGCAGGAGGUUUCCCCGAGCUGAGGGAGCACAAAAUAAUAAAUGAAUUAUUGCGAUAAUAAGAAAUAUUUUGUUCUCACUCAGGGAACUAUAUUACCAAAGUCCUUCCCUGCAGAAUGGCUCAAGUUCAAACAUAAGCCAGUUUGCAUCGAUUGCUAUAGCUUGUUGUCCUCUGGCUAUUAAGUGACCUAUGUGCAAAUUAGUGGGUGAGCUCCAUGAGUGGUUUCUGAGAGCUUGUUUGUAUUCUGUAAUGAUGGGCUUAAUGCCUUGUGGGGUUUUUGCAUUGCAGUGGGAUUAUAAAUCUGUCACUUAUUAACUUCGGAAGGUGGUGGACUCUCCUUCAUUGGAGAGGUUUUUAAGCAAAGUUUGGGUGGCCAUCAGUCAUGGGUGCUUUAGUUGAGAGUCCUGCAUUGGACUAGAUGACCAUCUGGUUCCCCUCCAGCUCUACAAUUCUGGGAGCAACAGGGAGGUUGUUGUCAGGAGCUCAGCCUACACUUGAGUAGGACCCUAGCAGAGACACAUGCCCAACUGGCAUGUUCUCUCCCUCCUGCUUGAUCGUUCGGGAGCUUCAUAAGCUUUCUUCAGCCCAAACAUCACAGCGACCGAUGCCAACAGACACCGGCACACUUAGGGAUCUGCAGAGUCUUCACAACUUGCGUGGCAGACCUCAGCAACUCAGCAUGUUGGCUAAUCUACUUUAUUUACAUAUAAACACGCACGGAGCACUGCAACAUGGCUCCCUCUCUCUCUCUAGCAUCAGACAGCAAAGAGAAAAAGAACAAAGGACAAUAGUCCCACUUCACGGAACACAGUAACACAAACAUCCUGUCUCCGUCACUUCCCACUCUGUGGAGUCAAAACAUAUACCGUCCAUGUGAUAGACAACAAUCCCAUGACUGCAGUCAUGGAGCAGGAAUUCUAACAGUUCAACCCCCCAACCCCCUGCCGUUGGUAUUGAUAUUCCUUGAAACAGUCCCUCUUCUGAUCAAAAUAAAAACGGAGUGGGGCUUUCAGGAAGGAGUAUAGGUGGGAAAGAAUUCAGCGCUCACUCCCUGCCUACCCCAUUUCCUUACGAAAUUCUUUUUCUUACACAUGCAAUUUAUAGUUAUUCUGUAGUUACCUAUCUUCUGUGCAUGCUAGGAUGCCCACUGAAAUGCAUGGGGUCCUUCCUAGUAGCCAAAGGAAUUCAUUAAACCAAGACAAAGGAUUCUUAUCACACCAUUUGUGUUAAUGAGCUGUCCAAUUAAUUAGCCAGGAUAUUGGUGCUAUAUAUGACAGUUCCUGACAAAUGAUUUUUUGUUCUGUUACAGGUGUUAAUACAACCAUCUUGGCAGUUAACCACUAAUCUUCUGCUGUAAAAGGUUGAAGAUGUGUCUGCUGAACUUAAGCUCUAAUUAUUACUGACAGCUCCCACCUUAUCGUGUUCGCCUGCCAGCUAAGAGUAGGGCUAGGCGAUACCUGGUUCUCAACAUCACAAUAUAUUGAUAUCACAAUAUAUAUCUGUGGUGGCGGAAGGCCUUGCUGGGCCUCCCUGCGCCUCUCUGUGUAAGCUCCCAAAUUCUUAUUUACUUACUUACUUUUUCUGUAUCCCUUGCAGACCAUGACUGGUAUUUGUGCCGUGUGGUGAUUAUAGCCGUUGAAGAGGAGCUCAUCUCUUGGGAAAUGUAUCCGUACCCCUAUUUGGCACGUGUUGAUCCUGACGCUCGAGCAGGCACAUCAGUCUAUCAACUUGUUGCCCAUUACAGUGGUAAUGAAAAUUCUAGUGUUGGGAUAUCCUAUGCUCUGAUUGCAGGUAAAUAGGUGCUGCUUUCUGUCUGAAAUGAAUUUUGCCUCUUUUUAUUUUUUAUUUUGAAAGGAUUCAAGCCCUGACCCACGAGGGUGCUUUGAAUUUUUCAACUUUCCAAUUCAAAAAAUGAGUGGUGCUAAAAAGUUGUAACAUGACUGGGGAAAUUCAAAAGAUAGUUGGGUUAACUUAAUAUAAUUUAGUUUGGCUUGGCAAGUAAAAUGUGUGCAAAAUUGCAUAGAAAUCAUUAAAAUGAUUGCCAAGUACUUGCACUUAUAUUAUAUAUGUAUGUAUUUAUUUAUUUAUACUUACAUAUUUCUUAUUCUUUUAUUUAGCAUUACCUGACAUUUUCAGUAGGUAAAAUUAAAACUCAUAGGUUUUCCAAAAGCAGCUUAUGUGUUUCUUCAUCAAAUGCAGAUUUACCAAGCUAAAUGUUGCCCAGUCACAAAAAUAAUAGAUUUGACUUCAUCACACCCAAAACCAUAUUUUUAAAACCCUUCAUUUAAGAAAUUUGCAAAAAUUAAGUUUCACCCCUUAAAAUGACAUACCCUACUGACCCACCUCUGGAGAUUAAACUGACCCAGCUAGUUUAUUUUUGGCAGACUUAAAAAGCCUUUGUUAUGUUGCGUUGAUUCUUGUUGUUUAGUCGUUUAGUCAUGUCCGACUCUUCGUGACCCCAUGGACCAGAGCACGCCAGGCACUCCUGUCUUCCACUGCCUCCCGCAGUUUGGUCAAACUCAUGCUGGUAGCUUCGAGAACACUAUCCAACCAUCUCGUCCUCUGUUGUCCACUUCUCCUUGUGCCCUCAAUCUUUCCCAACAUCAGGGUCUUUUCCAGGGAAUCUUCUCUUCUCAUGAGGUGGCCAAAGCAUUGGAGCCUCAGCUUCAGGAUCUGUCCUUCUAGUGAGCAGUCAGGGCUGAUUUCCUUAAGAAUGGAUAGGUUUGAUCUUCUUGCAGUCCAUGGGACUCUCAAGAGUCUCUUCCAGCACCAUAAUUCAAAAGCAUCAAUUCUUUGGCGAUCAGCCUUCUUGAUGGUCCAGCUCUCACUUCCAUACAUCACUACUGGGAAGACCAUAGCUUUUACUAUGUUGGCAAGGUCCUUUGUUGGCAAGGUGAUGUCUCUACUUUUUAAGAUGCUGUCUAGGUUUGUUAUUGCUUUUCUCCCAAGAAGCAGGCGUCUUUUAAAUUAGUGGCUGCUGUCACCAUCUGCAGUGAUCAUGGAGCCCAAGAAAGUAAAAUCUCUCACUGCCUCCAUUUCUUCCCCUUCUAUUUGCCAGGAGGUGAUGGGCCCAGUGGCCAUGAUCUUCAUUUUUUUGAUGUUGAGCUUCAGACCAUAUUUUGCGCUCUCCUCUGUCACCCUCAAUAAAAGGUUCUUUGAUUCCUCCUCACUUUCUGCCAUCAGGGUUGUGUCAUCUGCAUAUCUGAGGUUGUUGAUAUUUCUUCCGGCAGUCUCAAUUCCUGCUAGGGAUUCAUCCAGCCCAGCCUUUCGCAUGAUGAGUUCUGCAUAUAAGUUAAAUAAGCAGGGAGACAAUAUGCAGCCUUGUUGUACUCCUUUCCCAAUUUUGAACCAAUCAGUUGUUCCAUAUCCAGUUCUAACUAUAGCUUCUUGUCCCACAUAGAGAUUUCUCAGGAGGCAGAUGAGGUGAUCAGGCACUCCCAUUUCUUUAAGAACUUGCCGUACUUUGCUGUGGUCAACACAGUCAAAGGCUUUUGCAUAGUCAGUGAAGCAGAAGUAGAUGUCUAUGCAUAUUUUAAUUGAAAGGUGACUAAGGGAUUGCAUCUUUACUGCCUCAUUUUAUGUCCCCACCUCAACAAACCCCACUGCAGCCACAGCCAAACUACUUUCUGUGCUGAGUCCUAGAUUAGUUUGAAGCGUCAGUGCUCUGCAAAUGGUCUUUUCUCCCCCUACUGCUGUUGCUUUCCCCUAUAAUUCACUUUCCUUUCCUAUGCCCUUCAUUCUUCUGUGCCAUAUGCUUGGUAGAAGCAGCAGAGCAGAUAGCGUAAUGUAGUCAAGUGAGGUAAAUUGGUUAGGGACUUGCUUGAUUUAAUCGCUAGUGCCAAACCGCUUUGCAUAAAUGGGAUUUUUAAUUGGCUCAGAGUGUACACAGGAAUGUGUCCAGGCCCUGCUCUUUCCUGUGCCAUUGGUGUGUGCAGGAGACAAUGGCAGCUCAUGUGUGCUACUAACUUUGGCCCAGGAAUAGGAACAGAAUUCCUGUUCAGAAUACUGAUGGUGGCAGCUCAAAGUCUUCCUUCCCAGGCAUCAUAAGUGGAGCACCGAGUUUGGUGGAUGUGCUAAGCCACCCUGCUUGCUGAUUUAUCUGCCACUCAGCCAUCAAAAGCAUCUUAUUCUGUCCACUGCAAUGUGUAAGAGUCGGUGUUGGUGGGAAAUAGUAAUGGGAAAGAAAUUUGUGCAAGUGAGGAGCUUGGUGCUAAAAGGUAACAACACCUCUUUUCAUAAUUUUUUGUAUUCCUUUCACUCAACAGGUGGUGAGGAACGAUUUGAUAUAGAUAUGGACACAGGGGUCAUAUUGACAACUGGCUUGCCUUUAACUCUGAACCAGGAGUAUGUGGUCACCGUGCUGGCCAUUGAUGAAUAUGGCAGCAAAAGCCCAUAUGCUUACAUCUCUAUCCUGGCUGGCUCCAGGCCUCCUCAGUUCACAAAUAUGUCCUACAGUGUGUUUGUUCCAGAAAAUACUCCAGCAAGUGAAAAGUAAGUGGUGAAUUAAUGUCCUGCUGUACUAAAAGACUGCGUCGUAGAUACUUACGCACGUUACUUAAACAUAAAAAGCUUGCAUUGUAAAACCAAAAUUUAUUUUCAGUGUGUAGUUGGGUCUAGCUUGCUCUACUGGGGCGACCCUUGAUGGCUGCUUUGAAGUUUUAUCAGGUGAAAAAUGUGGAAAUCUGCUUCUCUAUGUGAAUGGGUCAACAGGAGCAUGCUACAGCUCUAGUAGCUUCCUGUUGUUUUCUGAGCCCAGUUUGUGUCUGCAGAAACCUAAUGGCCACAUCAGACAGAACACCAGGCCAUUAGCUAUGGUUGAGCAAAUCGUCCUUUGCACAAUCUGUAUGGUGGCGUGCACAGCCCUGUAACUCCUGCUUUGCUUGAAACAAACCACGCAGCAGCUGGCUUAGUAUUGAUGUCCCAGUCACCUCCCCAGUUGUGGUUUGUUUGGGAGAAACAGAUCGCCAUUUGUUUGGUAAGGAACAAACCAUAGGUGCUGGUAAUUGCUAAGCCAGCUGCCUCCAUGGUUUGUUUUCCCACCCAACCAGGGGAAGAGCAAAGUGGGAGCACCUGGACUGACUGCAGCAGCCUAAUUUGAAGUCUAAUUUCAGGAGUUAUUUUUAAAUCCGUGUACUGAAAGUGUAAAAAUGAAAUUUGCAAGGAGAAACUGGUAACUUGGCAAGGGAUCCUGGUUCACCUCUUUCAUCUCUUCUGCCUACCCAGGAUUAACAAACUGUCUCUUGGUUAAUCUUUCCUUUUCAGAGUGGCUGCUAUUGAAGCAGUCUCCUUCCAAAGCCAGCCUCUCUCUUACACUCUGCUGAUGAAUCCCAGUGGCCUGUUCAGCAUGGACCCAGAGACCGGCAUGCUAAGCUUGACUCAUACGGUGGACUACGAGAGCGAGCAUCACCUCUACCAUUUUUUAGUUAAAGCAAUGGAAGCCGAGAGUUUGCUCAGCAGUGUCACUGAGGUAGAGCCAGGGUUUUCCUUUCCGUACUUGGUGAUCUGUUCAUUUCAGUAUAGGGGGGUUGCAUGUUAAGAUUAUUACACAGAGCAUAUCGAAAUACCAGUCCUCCAAUGCCAGCCUAAAAAGUUUGGGUAUUGAAUUAGAAUGGCAAACCCAAAUGGAUUUUUUAAAAAAGGCAUUAGCGCUUGUGUAAGGAGAUUUCCCUUUCUCCACCCAUGCAUGCUCUCUGGGUUACCCCAGGACGUGGGUAGUGCUGUGGUCUAAACCACUGAGCCUCUUGGGCUUGCCAAUCAGAAGGUCGGUGGUUCGAAUCCCCACAACGGAGUGAGCUCCUAUUGCUCUGUCCCAGCUCCUGCCAACCUAGCAGUUUGAAAGCAUGCCAGUGCAAGUAGAUAAAUAGGUACCACUGCAGUGGGAAGGUAAACGGCAUUUCCGUGCGCUCUGGUUUCCAUCACGGUGUCCUGUUGCACCAGAAACAGUUUAGUCAUGCUAGCCACAUGACCUGGAAAGCUAUCCGUGGACAAAUGCCAGCUCCCUCAGCCUGAAAGCAAAAUGAGUGCUGCAACCCCAUAGUUGCCUUUGACUGGACUUAACCAUCCAGGGGUCCUUUACCUUUACCAUUACACCCCAUGCCAUUCCCAAAUAUGCUCUGAAGGGUUGAGGGAAUCUCCCAGAACUGAUUUAGGGAACUUGGAGGGGGGGGGGUGAGUCCAUCAGUGCAUGGAUUUCUUGUGCAGUGGAGCAGUCUGCUUAAUGCUAUGUUGAAUAGCAUGAACAACAACAAUAAUAAACAGAAACAAAAGGUGCCCAUUUUUCAGUACAUGGUUCCCAGAAUCUGGAUCCCUGAGGUGAUGUGUUCAUCAGUUCGUUGUUGCUUGGUUUAUCCGCUGCCUCAUAAUCUUGUUGUUUUUUUAAGUUCAGUUCUUUAUAUUUUUAGAUCUAAAAUAUAAUUUGUUUAAUUACCUUGUCAUGUAAGACCAUUGAAAUGGCCAUAGCCCAAUGAUAGAGCAUCUCCUGGGAAGGUCCCAGGCUCAACCCCCAGUGUCUCCAGAUAGGACCACUGUGUGAAACUCUGGAGAGAGCCGCUGCCAGCCAAUGUAGACAGUACUGGGCUAGAUGGACCAAUGGUCAGACUCAAUAUAGAGCAGAUACCUAGAAUUGUUUAAUUAUCUAAGUUAUAUAAGCUGCCUUGAGUGGUUGCUUUAGAACCAGAACUCCAGGAUGUACAUUUUCCAGGGACUAUGGAAAAUGGAACGAAUUUCUCUUGGCAAAGAAAUAUGCACUUGAUCGGAUCCCAUGUAACUAAGCGUUUCUCUUCUGUCCCCUUGUAGGUCAUAGUUCAUAUCACAGAUGAAAACGACUGCUCUCCUGAAUUUCAGCAAUCUAUUUAUAGCCGGGAAAGCAUUCUUGAAUCAAUCCCUAUAGGCACGUCUUUAUUGCAAGGUAAACCAGAGCCAUCAUCCCCUUGCCUGUCUUUGCAAAGCACCACAUGAUGAGCCGAGGACUGCAGGCAAGCUACUUCAAGCAGAGAUAGGUGCAGCCCUUACUCACAAGAGUCUCUGUCCCUGCUCGGGCAGCUAGUAUGAAAGUGGGCACAUGUGCCUCUUCCCUGGUCCUGGGAUGGAGCACUGGGAACCCUCCUCCCCACCGCCAGAGCCCUUCCUGGAUUCCAACAACACUCUGUCCAGCUCCAGACUUCCAUCUUCCUUCCCACUACAGCCAGGCAGGGUGCAAGGUGUGAGGGGGCUCAGCGGACAUCUGUUCCAGCCUCCUUUACCUCCUCAUCUUCCUCCAGAGCCUCUCAUUCUGGGGCUGAGCCUGAUGGUGUAGUCAUGACACUUGGAAAGAAUACAUCCAUGUAUAUUAAGAUUUCAUUCUGGCAUUCUGCUUAUCCCCCCCCCCCCUUAUUAUCGCACUUCAAACAAAUAAGCAGUCACUAUUAUAUUUUGCUUUUUUAAAAAAAACACCCUGUUGCUGAAUAUUUGGACAGCUCUUGGUCUCGUGCCCUCAAUAUCUUGAAUGAAUACCCAAAGGUCAGUGAGUUUCCAUCCUCUUAAUUGCACUGGGGAUUCUGAAAAAAGUGUUUGCUCCCAUAGGGCUUUACAACGUGUUUUCUCCCUCUUGGCCAGCUGUGAAAACAUCUUUCUUGGGUGUUAGAAACAGCACAGAACAGCUCUUCUACUUCCUGUCAUGUUUGACUCUGCAGUGCAAACAGCACCUUUUUCCUAGGUUGCAUUUGGCAGACUGUGAUGGUCUCCUCCCAGCCACUGUGGGGCCCCUGCCUUCUGAUGGAAGGGUGUUUCCUGCUAACACAGAGUGUACCCCUCUGUUCACUCUCCCGCUUUAAAGACCAGCUGCCACCAGACAAGGUUUUAAUUAUUUCCACGAGGCUACCCCUUACCAAUCAGCCUCCAAAUUUACCUGGGCUCCUGUCUGAAUCAUUAUUACUAUUGGUACUAAUUCCUUUAUUUUCUGCUCUUCACUCUAAGGUCCCAGAAAGUGUUUGUGCGUCUGAGCAGUUCUUUGUUAAUUACUGAAACUUGUGUUGACUAGUCUUCUGUAUUGUGACCCAGCUCAAAUGUCCUCAUUGUUUUUACCCUUUUAAACAUUCCUGGCUGCAGUUCUUGCAGCGGACUGUGACUCUGGAUCCAACGCUGAGAUCCUCUACUUCAUUCAGAGUGCGGAUUUUUCCAUCACGCCCGAGGGUGUCGUCAAUUCCAAUCAGCGGCUGGACUAUGAGCGAGCCAACCACAUGUAUGAGUUUGUGGUCAUUGCCGUGGACAAAGGGCACCCUCCUCGGACAGGGACGGCAUCCGUGCGCAUUCGCUUGACAAAUGUGAAUGAUGAAACCCCGGUGUUCUCCCAGUCAGUGUAAGCAGAGCUUCCUUUGCAGUGGUACCACUCCUGCAUUGCAGAUUUGCUGUAUAAUCUUGUUGUGCCAGUCAGAAUGGUUGUUAGGUCCUAACCCUUAGCUGUCUUAAACUGACCUGCAGAAACUAAUGCAAUGUUAUGAAGGUGCAUUGCACAAAAUAGCUGCAAUAUCUGAUUUUUUGGACCAUCAGGAUAUGUAAAAAUAUGGCACUGCUUUUAAAAAAAUAAAAAAUAAAGACAACUUGAGGUAGAUGUUUUGACUACAGCUGCUGGCUGGGGCUGAUGGCAGUUGAAGUCCAAAACAUCUAGAGUGGACCAGGUUCGUAAAGGCCUGUUUAGUCAGACAUAUUAUGGGAUACAUAGAAUCAGCAAUGGCGUGACUAUGUGGUAGAUGGAGGCCGAUGAACUUACCUUUAGUUCCUGACCAUUUCCUGCUAGUUCCUACAGCAGGUUUUAAAUUACAAUUCUCUCAAAAUUCCAGAAUGUAUUCUCUUCCCUUCCUCAGAGCUAAACAAUGUAUUACAUUUAUUCAGUGUCAAAUGACAUAAGCAUUUCCCUUGCUUCUGGCACACAAAUGAUGUACAAAUAAUUCUAGCAUCGCACAAAGUCCACACGCUAUAAGCCAAAAUUCUCCUUUCCUAAAGAGCUGUUUAGUCACAAAGUGAAAUCAGGCCAAAUUAUUAUCAUUAUUAUUAUUAUGAAUUAUUAUUAUUAUUAUUAUUAUUAUUAUUAUUAAUUUAUACCCGCCCCCCAUCUGGCUGGGUUUCCCCAGCCACUCUGGGCGGCUUCCAACAGAACACUAAAAUACAAUAACCUAUUAAACAUUAAAAGCUUCCCUAAACAGGGCUGCCUUCAGAUGUCUUCUAAAAGUUUGGUAGUUAUUUUUCUCUUUGACAUCUGGUGGGAGGGCAUUCCACAGGGCGGGUGCCACUACUGAGAAGGCCCUCUGCCUAGUUCCCUGCAACUUGGCUUCUCGUAGCAAGGGAACCGCCAGAGGGCCCUCGGCGCUGGACCUCAGGGUCCAGGCAGAACGAUGGAUAGCAGGGCUGCGCAAACACCGUGCCUAUAAAGUACAUUUCUUCCUGCAAAGAAUCCUGGGAACUGUAGUUUGUUAAGGGUGCUAGGAAUUGUAGCUCUCUGAGGGGUAAAUUGACAGCUCUCUGGGUUUUGUGGGGGAAACCAAGUGUUUUCAUUUUCUGGUGUGUCAACCUGCUUGCCCACCUAGCCCCAGAGGCAUUGCUAGGUGCUUAGUCCCAUAACACACAUUUACAUAUGAUUUACAUAUGUGGGGGUGUUUUUUGGGGGGUGUAAAUAUGCCUCUGGGAAAUUAAGGUGGUGGCUGGGAGUUUCACCAGCACUGUGCUUUGCUAUAUGCCCAGCCCACUCUGUACGAAGUUUAAAGAACUGUACAAUGCUGUUUAAUGGGAAAUUGUUGGGUGAGUUAGGAAUUAGAAUGCAUUUUUUCUUUCCUUACAUCAGUUACAGAACUUUCCUCUCAGAAGAUGCAGGCCCUGGUACAUUAGUGGCUACCAUCCACGCAAAAGAUCCUGAUGGAGAUGGAGUGCUGUACUUAAUUACGGGUGGGAACGAAGAAGGCAAUUUUGAAUUGGAUAGCCAUAAAGGUAAGGAAAGAGAUGCUGAAUGUUAAUCUAUUGCAUCUUCUUCCACACUGUAGGCAUUGGCUGUACAGUAUUGAUAAACCUAAAUAGGAAAAUCCUUGCAAAUAUGUGCAGGCUACUCAUUGUUUCAGCAUAGCUUUCCUGGCAAUGCCAGAAUAAAUUGGAUUUAUUCAUUUAUUAUAAGUUGUCAUGUUUAUUUAUUUGUGUAGCCAAAGCCAUUCAAAAGGAAAAGUACAAGAUAAAAUAUAUUACACAGCUAAAAUAGUUGUAAAAACCAAGCAUUCUGUCAAAUAGAAAAUCGCUCCGCCGAUGAAUUUGCCUGAUCACCCCCACAAACAUGUCCCUUUAGAAGUGUCACUCUAAAGAUAAAACAAGCCACCUUUUCCAGAAAUCUAUGGGGACCUGUCGUUCUCACAUUUAAGACCCUUAUGUCCUGUAAAGAGAGAUACCUUUUUAUUUUCCUUGUUGGUAACUCCACCUCCCCCCCUACUCCUGAAUCCAAGUAUACUUAAUUUUCUUUUGCUUUCUUUUCUUGAUCUUCAAUCUUCUGAAUCCAGGUAUCCUUAGACUUCGCAGAAACCCCCUGCCUAAACUGAAAAGCCCGCAGUAUGUUCUAAAUAUCUCUGCCAUAGAUGACAAUUCCUCGGGGGGACCACGAUCUCUCAGCAGCUUUGCAGAAGUCGUGGUGGAAAUAAAUGACAUUAACAACAACAAGCCUGUUUUCAGGGAGGUGAGUUGACUUGCUGCCCCAUUCGUGUGUUUUUGAUUUUUUAUGUAGCAGCAGAAUUGUUAGUAGUUUUGACUUCUGCUUGUCAAACGUGCAAGAUGUGGUAUUCUCUAUGCUUGGCUGCUGCUGAUUUUGAAAAGUUCAAACCUGUAAAGUUUCGUCCAGUUUUAAGUGGUCUUUGAAGUCUCCCUAAAUAACUUGUGCUUAAAACUUUCUCUCUUCCUUUCAGAUGAAUGCCUCUGACUCCAUCUGCUUUAUCUUGCACUUAAUUUGGUUGCCAGAGUACUGUGCCUUACAUGAUACAGUGGUGCCUCGCAAGACGAAAUUAAUUCGUUCCGCAAGUCUCUUCGUCUUGCGAGUUUUUCGUCUUGCGAUGCACGGUUUCCCAUAGGAAUGCAUUGAAAAUCAAUUAAUGCGUUCCUAGGAGACCGCCUUCAGACCAGGUCCGGGGACAGUCUGUCCCCGGACCUCUUCUGAAGGCUGGGGGGAGCAAGGGCUUUUCUUCCCACCCCCAGCAUUUUAAAAACCCGGGACAGCGGAGGACUUCUCCGCUGUCCGGGCGAUCUUAAAAUGCUGGCGGGCGGCAUUUAAAAUCACCCCGGGACAGCGGAGGACUUCUCCGCUGUCCGGGGCAAUUAAAGCCCCUGGGAAGGCAGGCAGGGGGACAAGACUUUGCCCCCGCCAGCCUUCAGAAGAGGUCCUGGACCUCUUCUGAAGGCGGGCGGGGCGAAGUCUUUGCUCCCCGCCUUCAAAAGCCCUCCGGGACAGGCAGGCAGGGGAGCAAGGACUUCGCCCCCGCCCGCCUUCAGAAGGUCUUCCCUCCCCCGCCCGGCUCGGAGCACCGUUCCGAGCCGGGCGGCGGCGGAGGUCUUCCUCCCCCGCCCGGCCCGGGCACCGUUCCGAGGCCGGGCGGCGGCGGAGGUGUUCCCUCCCCGCCCGGCCGGAGCACCGUUCCGAGCCGGGCGGCGGCGGCAGGUGUUCCCUCCCCCGCCCGGCCCGGGCACCGUUCCGGCCGGGCGGCGGGGAGGUCUUCCUCCCCACCGCCCGGCUCGGAGCACCGUCCCGAGCCGGACAGAGGCGGAGGUCUUCCCUCCCCACCGCCCGGCUUUGGAGCACCGUUCCGAGCCGGGCGGCGGCGGCAGGUGUUCCCUCCCCCGCCCGGCCCGGAGCACCGUUCCGAGCCGGGCGGCGGCGGCAGGUGUUCCUCCCCCCGCCCGGCCGGAGAGCCUUCGAAGCCCGGCGGCGGCGGGAGGAGGUGUCCCCGCCCCGCCGCCAGGCCUGGAGGAGGUCCGAGGACAGUGGGGAAGACGCGCUGCGCGUCCCCGCUGUCCCUGAGAUUUCCCUAUGGGCUGUCGUCUUGCGAAGCAAGCCCAUAGGGAAAUUCGUUUUGCGAAGCGCCUCCAAAACGGAAAACCCUUUCGUCUAGCGGGUUUUCCGUCUUGCGAGGCGUUCGUCUUGCGGGGUACCACUAUGGAUUUCUGAAGUUGCUCAAGCUAACUUGCUGUUUUCUUGUAUUGCAGUGUGCUUACUACAGUGACAGUACCUGGGUUCUAGAGAACCAGCCUCCAGGAACCUAUGUUCUGCAGGUGGAAGCCUACGAUGCAGACUUUGGAGUGAAUGGAGAAGUGAAGUAUGGCCUCAUGCACAGAGAUGGAGCUUCACCGGGCUUCAGUAUUGAUCCUGAUUCAGGUAAGAAUUGCCUUUCAUAGUCUGGUGAGCGCUGCAUUCUUUUUCUUUUCUUUUUACAAUAAUUUUUAUUGGUUUUCAAUUACAACAAUCCAAUGAUAGCCUCAUUAUAACAAUGCCAAAUUAUAAUGCAAUUACUAAUCCCAAUCAUUCAGAUGCCAAAUUAUAUAAUUCAGGUGGCCUCCCAUGUGCUAGAAUGGAUGGUUUGAUGAUUUACUUUGUUUCUGCGUUCCAAAAUCCUAUUCAUCUCAGUUACACUCCAGUCAAAAUAACAAUCCCUUACACAACAACUGCAAUAUUAACAACAUCCAUUCGUCUUGACACAUUAAAUGUUUUAUACAUCUAUAGGUGAAGCAUUCAAACUACAUCCUUAUUCCUCCUGUGUGUGACAAUUAUUCUGUCCGUGGUGUUCCUUCCUGUCCUUGUAAAAUAUUAUGUCUAUCUUUUCCCAGCCGUUGCUGCUCUCCAUCAUGUCUUGGGCGGAGCUAAUAUCCCAUUGUUGUUUCAGAAUUCUCCAUUCUCAAAUGCCAGCCGAGCCAGAUCCUGCAUGAUCAGAAAGUGUUAACUCCAUAGCCUGUUCCCCUCUUACUAUAGGAACCUGGGGAACUGCUUUAUACAGAGUCAGACCACUGGUCCAUGUAGCUCAGCAAUGUCUGCCCUGACUGGCAGGGCCUGUCCAGAAUUUCACAUGGCUGGGAUCUCUCCCAGCCCUUACCUGGAGACACCUGGGACCUUCUAGAUGCAAAGCAGGUGCUCCACCCACUGAGCUCUACAGCCCUCCCUGUAUGGGAGGCACUUGCACUAGAGUGCUUUGGAAGACUGUUCGUUUGCUCAUGCUUUCUCUGGCUAAGUCAUUGGCCCAUUGACCCUGACACUGCUCCUGACAUUAUAUUCAUAUUUGUGAAAGGAGGGUGGUGGUGGUGGUUAUUGUUUUGUUUUUGCUUUAACUAGUUAUCUUGUGCUUUUAUUAUGUAUUUUUAUCUUGUGAACUGCCCUGAGAUUUUAUGUAUAUUUUAAUAUUCAUUUUAUUUUGCUUUUUUUUUUUACAUUUUAGUUCUUGCUAUAAAUGCUGCAGGACCCUUGGAUGGGAAAUUGUCUAUAAACUAUUGUUAUGAAAUAAAGCAAUAAAUUAUAUCCUCAAAUUUAAAUGGAGAUGAACCAUUUGAAGGGGUGAUGGGGGGGUUAAAUACCCCUCUCCUCCCUGUCAAUCCCAUUGGAAAUAGUUUUUCUUCAUCUAAACUGGUUGUUGGUCUACUGCCACUUGCUUUUAAGUGUACAGUGGUGCCUCACAAGACGAAAUUAAUCCGUUCCGCGAGUCUCUUCGUCUUGCGGUUUUUUCGUCUUGCGAAGCAUGGCUAUUAGCGGCUUAGCGGCUAUUAGCGGCUUAGCGGCUUAGCGGCUAUUAACGGCUUAGCGGCUUUAAGAAAAAGGAAACAAACUCGCAAGAACUCGCAAGACAUUUCAUCUUGCGAAGCAAGCCCAUAGGGAAAUUCAUCUUGCGGAACGACUCAAAAAACAGAAAACUCUUUCGUCUUGCGCGUUUUUCGUCUUGCGAGGCAUUCGUCUUGCGAGGUACCACUGUAUAUCCUUGUACUUAUUUCAAGCCUCACCGUGUUGUGCUUCUAAAUAAAGAUGCUAAAUUCUUCGGGUGCACAAGUAUUUACUGAAUUUUUGUUUUCAGACUCUCAAUGCAUUUCAAGCUGACUACUCAUCUUCUGGUUAUUUCAGCAGAAGCUCGUGGUUCUGUAGUUAUGUUAUUUCUUUUAAAUAGCCCUUUACCCUGAAGAAGAGAGAAAUUGGGUCAAAACACAUUGGGAGUUGGGCAAUUUCUUCAGUAAAUGUUUGUAUACCAUCUAAGCUAUUUUGUGAGACACAAGAAAAAUAAAUUGCAGAGUGGAAGAAAAAGGGAGCUCCUCUGUGCAGGCAAACAUUACAAGGGAUAAGCUUUUAUUAAGCCUGAACAGUGGGAGUGAGUUGCUGCAGACUUGUGAAAACGUCUGAUUAAAGUCAGCGGUGAUCCUGCUGACUCUUUGAUAGUAAUGUUUCUGUUUAGGUGUUAUCGUUUCGACUCGGCGUUUUGACCGAGAGAAACAGAAGGAGUAUACGCUCUCUGUGACGGCUACAGAUCAAGCUCAGGAGCCACUGAUUGGAGUGUGUCAAAUCACCAUCUUCAUUGCUGAUAUGAAUGACAACGAUCCAAAGUUUGAGAACAGCCGCUAUCAAUGUGAGUAGGCACAAACUGUUGUUGCACUGUGAGAGUUGAUUUAAGUUUGCGAAGUGCGUGUUGAGCCCAGAAGCCUUCAGUUAGAUUCCUUCUCUGUAGGGCUGUAAGAUGGCAUAAAUUUAAAUUUCCUUUCAAACCCAUGUUCAUCACACGCAGCAAUGUUUCCAUUCCACUGCAUUUCAGUUUCUGGCAAAAAGUUAUCAUUACAUUAUUCCACACCAUUUGUCCCAGUUCAAAGGCCAUUCAUUUCAUUGUAUAGGAAAUGCAAGGCAAAUGGGAAGGGGGAUAGCAUCAUGAAAUACAUAUUGUUUGUGUUACGUAUCAUUUACAAACGGGGGGGGGGUGCAGUAGCAAAUUCCAAUUGUAGUCAAUGGAUUGAUUUCUGUUCUUGGCACGGGACAAUUGAGUGAACGCUGGCAAUUUCCGCUUCUGUUUUUAUUGGAAUUCUGCAACAUCUCUGACUGCGGCUUAUACUCACCUCACCUGUGUGAGCAGCAGUGCAGAAGCCAGCUAUACUAAAGCUAGGUGAAGACUGCUUUGUAUGGGAAAAUGUACAUUUGUGGUCACUGGCCUAGGUGGGUUACUUGUUAGGAAGAAAAUGUAUGCUGCCUUAGGUUCCAAAAUGAAAGAAAGGGGGGAAGUAAAUAAACAUCAUCUUAAUUUUAUUAUUUAUACGCCACCUAUCUGGCUGGGUUGCCCCAGCCACUCUGGAUGGCUUCCAGCAAAAUAUAAAAACAUCAUAAAACAUCAAACAUUAAAAAAAGUCUCUAUACAGGGCUGCCUUCAGAUGUCUUCUAAAGGUUAAAUAGUUACUCAUCUCCUUGACAUCUGAUGGGAGAGCAUUCUACAGGGUGGGUGCCACUACCCAGAAACCCUCUGCCUGGUUCCCUGUAACUUCACUUCUCACAGUAAGGGAACCACCAGAAGGCCCUCAGAGCUAGAUCUCAGUGUCUGGGGGUGGAGACACUCCUUCAGAUAUAUUUAGGGCUUUAAAGGUCAGCGCCAACACUUUGAAUUGUGCUUGAAAACAUACUGGGAGCCAAUGUAGAUCCUUUAGGGCUGGUGUUCUAUGGUCCUGGCAGUUGCUCCCACUCACCUGUCUAGUAGCUUCCGAGUCACCUUCAAAGGUAGCCCCACGUAGAGCGCAUUGCAGUAGUCCAAGUGGGAGAUAAUCAGAACGUGUACCACUUUGGCGAGGCAGUGCACAAACAGGUAGGGUCUCCUCUGGCGUACCAAAUGGAGCUGGUAGGCGGCCACCCUGGACACAGAAUUGGCCUACAUCUCCAUGGGCAGCUGUGAGUCCAAAAUGACCCCCAGGCUGCAUACAGUGGCUGUCCGCAGAUGCUAAUCCAUUAGGGCAAGUUGGACUCUGCCCCACCAACCUCAUUCUGUCCUUAGCCAGCCCCUACCUGCCUGCCUUCAAAAGGUGGCUUUACCUGUUGUUGCCUCUGGCUCCACCUACCGUUGGUCCCUUGCCUCCUGCCUUACCAGUCACAUCAGGCACAAGUUGUCACUGGGCUAAAUAUUGCUUCCAGGAUCAGAGGCAACAAUGCCUCUGAGUAGCAGUCCAUUGGGGAGAAACAGCAGGAAGACGUUAUUGCCAUCAUGUUCUUAAAGAGGCAUCUGGUUGGCCACUAAGAUAAAGGAUGCUGGACUAGAUCUGGCAGAGCCUUCCUUGCAUUUUUAUGUGCUGUGAUUGCCAUCACUGAAAUGCCACUUUAACUAGGCCAGGGCAUGUUUAGAAUGAACUCUGUGCUUCCAUCUUUCCAAAGACUUCCUUCGUGAAGACACCCCAGUGGGGACAAGUUUCCUCCAUGCUGCAGCUCAUGACGAUGACCAGGGGGUAAACGCCGCCAUCACGUACUCCAUGUUGCCGCAGGAGCCAGAAUACUUCCAAGUCAGCCCCAGCACAGGCUGGGUGUACGUGAAUCUCGUAAUCUCCCAGGUAUGCUUCUGCAUACAGCAGAGCUUUCCAAACUGUGUGCCGCGACACAUUAGUGUGUUGGCUCAGUAUGUAGAUGUGUUACGUGGCCACUACCCGCGCUCCUCCCAGAGCUGGAAAGGGGUCAGUUUAACCUCCGGUUUGCUGCUAAAACCGAACUGCUGUGUUGUGAAAUGAUGCAUGUCCGAAAAAGUAUGUCACCGGCAUGAAAAAUUUGGAAAGCUCUGGUUUACAGAAUAUAAUCUGGCAGGCAGAAUACUUGCUGCACCUGCUUUUUUUCAGCCUUUGUUCUAGCAAACGAGCAUUCGUUUUUUGGUGAACGGCUGCUAAAAAUUAUUUUGCAGACAUUUCAGAUCACAAGAUACAUCGUGGCCACAGAUGGAGGGAACCGGAGCAGCACGGUGGAACUGACAGUCACUGUAACGAACACACUUAAUCAGUCGCCGCAGUGGGAGAAAAGUGCCUAUUCGGUCACGAUCCCGGAGAGCACGAUUCGAGACACCAAGAUAGUGGUAGGCUUUAAAAAUAAAAUUGGAAACGUAUUUGUUUCAGGAUAAAAGGAAGCUGGUUUACACUGAGUGGUGCCCAGAACUGGACACAAAAUAGAGUGGGACUAUUAGUUUCUUACCUUUCUUCCCAGGAGCUCAAGAGGGUGUGCAUGGUUCUUUUCUAUGAGUCAUGGUCCCUCCCCUAAUUGUUCUGAAAUUCUGCAAACAAGUCUUGCUCCUAUUGGACACCGGUAUCCACAAGUGAAUCCAUAUGUCUGCAUCUCUGAUUUUUUAUUUUUUUUAAAAGAAGAAUUGGCUCCCUUUGCUCCACAGCUCAUUUCUGUUCUUCCUUGGGUGUGGAUUCCUGUAUGAAAUGUGCGUGGCAGUAAUUUGAACAUCCUUUCCAGACAUUUUGAAGUAUAAUUCCCAUCAUCCCUGACCACCAGUUGGCUGGGGCUAAUGUGAGGUGUGUUCCAAAACAUCUGCAGAAUUAGAGGAUUGGUUAUUAUUAACAGGAAAGCAGAGCUCUGAUGCCAUGGGCCGUUGGCCGCAAUAGUAUCAUCUGCAUUUCAACUCUUAAGGAUCAAGGUGGCCCAUGUAAAUGCAUCUCCCCACUGAAUGGUGUUCCUGGUUAUUCCUGUUCCUAGACUAUCAAAGCAACGUCCCCACUUGGUGACCCAAGGGUUACCUAUACACUGGAGGAGGGCCAGGUUCCGGAGACAAACAUGCCUGUCCGCUUCUACCUCAAACCGAACAGAGCAGAUGGGUCUGCUUCACUGCUGGUUGCUGAACCUCUUGACUUUGAGACCACCAAGUUCUUUGUACUGAGCAUCAAGGCUCAGAAUGUAGCUACAAUUCCAUUGGCAUCUUUCACCACGGUUUGUGUUAAUGUCACAGGUUGGUUAUCCGUUUAUUAAUAUUGGCAUAUCAAACUGAAAUUACAAGUACUUGAUGUCAGCGAACCAUGUAUCGCUAAAUCUGCCUUUUUGUUCCGCAGACGUCAAUGAUAACGUCCCGUUCUUCACAUCUUCUACUUACGAGGUUUCUGUACCUGAGGGAGCAGCGGUUGGUACCUCUGUUGUGCAGGUUCUUGCUACGGAUUCAGACUCGGGACUCCACGGAGAGGUUCGUUGUUACCUUUCCCUUUACUGAAAACGAGUGAGAAAAUGCAACAUGCGAUUCUGUAUUCCUAAACUUUCUGGGUGGUGGUCAGUGAAGUCUUGCUCAGAGUAGACCCAUUGAACAUUACUAAGUUAAGUCCAUUAAUUUUAGUGCAUGCGCUCUGAGUAAAAUCUAGCUGAGUACCAUUUAAUUGACUCAAGACCCUAACUUUUUGUACUACAGUGGAACCUCGGUUUUCGAAUGUAAUCCAUUCCGGAAGUCUGUUCGACUUCCGAAACGUUUGAAAACCGAGGAUCAGUGGGCUGGCUGCAAAGUCAGUGGGGGGGGGGGGGGAAAUGAAAAAAGCGCCUUGGAAGCCAUUCGACUUCUGAGGCCUGUUUGAAAACGGAAGCAUUUACUUCUGGGUUUAUGGCGUUCGGCUUCUGAAACGUUUGGCAGCCGAGACGUUAGAAAACUGAGGUUUGACUGUAAUAGCCUCCUGAAGUAGGAAGUUACAGUAUACAUAUUCUUUUCAACUGGCGCCACAUGCCAUCUGUUGCAUGCAUUAAAACUUGUGGAUGCCAAUAUGCAUUAAAGCACUUGUGUAGACUGUACAUCAUUUAAGACAAGAAUGGAAGAAUUCUUAUUUUCUGCCAAAAGUUGCAUUCUUCUCAGGGGUCAUUUGUUAGGGGCUGCAUCCUGGCAGUGGGUGAGACCAUCUCUUUCCCUGUCUCUGUCCUUCCCUUCCCUUCCCUUCUCUCUCUCUCUGUCCCUCCUUUCCCCUUUCUCACCCUCUUCUUUUCAUGGGAGAAAUAGAUUAACUCUGGCUAGAGCCUGAAUUGAUUGCUUACUCUUGACCUCAUGUUAGUGUAUUAUAGGGGACCCUUGGACGACUGUGCUGAUACUUUCCCUCCCCCUCCCCCACUUUGUGCUGAGUGGAUGGGCCUGUGAGCUUCCAUUUUAACUUCCCACGAUGCCUCUGAGGUCACAUUACUCGGGGACAUUGUGACAAAUUAAAACGGGGACUUUAUGCUACUCAGAUUUGAUAGCAGAAGUGUUGAUGCCGCCUGCAGGGCUUAUUGGUGCAAGAGGACUCCAGAAGACACUUUGCUGAGGGCAACCUCAGACUUUAAAGCCGUUCUCACAUUACUCAAUAAUCAACGGCAACCAACAGCAGAUUCACAAACAUAAGAAUGUCUGAUUCUCCAGUGAAAAGAUUUAAAGACCAGUGUGUGAAUCUAAAUUGCAGCAAUCAGUGAGAGUCCUGAAUUGUUCAGUCGUUGACUUGCUUCAAAUGUUAUGCCCUCUGUGGCAAGUCCACACAGCUCUUCAAACUGUAGAGCAGCGGUUCUCAACCUGUGGGUCCCCAGAUGUUGCUGGACUACAACUCCCAUCACCCCUGAGCUCUGGCCUUGCUAGCUAGGGUUGAUGGGAGUUGUAGUCCAACAACAUCUGGGGACCCACAGGUUGAGAAAGGCUGCUCUAGAGGGUAGAAAACCACAGUCCACAUAUUUGUGGCUAUACUGUGACUACACAGACCUUUCCCUUCCACACAAACGGUGCUGUUACCUAACUUUCUGUAAGUGCUACAAAUGGCAUAGGUCUGUGACUAUCGAAUAAUUAUGGCCUUGGAGCUGAACUAAGUUGGAUGUCCUUGAGAGUGGUUGUGUUCCUGUUUCUGAGCUGUUACGAAGAUGGGAUAGAGUAUAAAGCCCACUCCUAUGUUCUUCAAUUGCAGGUCCACUAUUCAAUACUGAAGGACGCUAGUGAAGAUUACCAAUACUUCAACAUUGAUUCCAAGUUGGGAGUCAUUUCUACCCAGGCAUCUUUUGACAGAGAGAAGAGAGGAUCUUACUUGAUCGAAGUUCAUUCCCAGGAUUCUUCUGAAUCAGCCAGGCCUGGUUUAUAUGGGCAGCCUAACACAGGUAAACCUCAGUGGGUUUCAAAAAGAACAUAGAGGUUCCUGUGGGUCAAAAGAGGGUUCAGAAUGAUGUGCUGGCAUUGUGAUUGCCUGAGCCUCCAAAGGCAAAUAGCUGAUUAUUUGCUUUUCAGAUACAGCGUAUGUGAGGAUUUUAAUUAGCGACAUAAACGACAAUGCCCCUGCUUUCCUGCAUUUGGUGUAUGAAAUUAAUAUAGAUGAAGACGAGGAUGUUGGGUAUGCAUUUUUGACGGCAACAGCAGAUGACAAAGAUGAAGGUACACAAACACAGGUUUAUUUUAUGUGUUGUCCUGUCUUGACUGAAACCUCUCUAAUUUGGACGCAGUAGUGAGGCUAUGGCAGGCUGUUCCAGAAGAUGAGGUGGCAACUGUCCUGUCUUCGAAGGAACUUUUUCUAUAUGUGGUACAGGAACAGGUUUAUAGAAUGUGGAAUAAAACAGUAAUGGCAAAAAUUGCAUGUCAUGUACUUUUCAAAAUACGACUAUUUGGAAACUAGCUUUAUUCAGACCUUUCUUAAUGUUCUGUAAAGAGAACCGGGAUAAUUUUUUAAAGCAUUUCUCAUAAGCUCAUUAUAUCCACCCAUUUUUUUUUUUUUUAAUGGAAAGUAGACUCGGACCUUUUGAGUUAGAAUAUAGCCAAGCUAAAAGUUUUUGGCUAGUAUCUCACAUGUGUUAGUAUCUUCGUCUGGCACUCUUACAUUCCCAAGGUUUUUUAUUUAAAUAGGAUGGAUCAUAAUUUUGGACUGACGCCCAUUAAGAGUUGGUUAAAAUAACAAAGGGAUUUGUUAUUUCCGUGCCGGAAUUGUUAUUUAUAGGGCAAAAUGUUACUAUUAAAUUGGAGGACUUAUUGCAUUUUUUGCUAGUUGCCGUUAACGAACUGUAGUCGAAAGGUGGAAAGCUUUGGAAAGUCUAAAUAUUGCUGCUUGGUAUUAAAAUGUCUGGACAGUUGCAGUCUCAGAAAAGAUUACAUGCAAUGCACAAGUUCUGCAAGGCGGAGAAAAACCGCAAACCUUCUGUCCCAUUGGGGAUGAAACUGUAUUUGGUAUAUUUCUGACCAUAAUACACAAAGACACUUAACAGUACUUGCUGUAGAUAUUUGGAAGCCAUAUACAAUUUAUGAUGCUAUUCUCUUUUCACAGAACAUAUCGCACUGUCGUGUCAGUAGCAGUUCCUAUUUGUACAUGACUCCUAAACUGGGACAGUUUUCUGUUGUUUGUUCUUUAUGCCUACUGCAUUAUAAUAAAAUGCAAAGUAAUAAUAAUGACAUAAGAGAGAGGUACCUAGCCUCUAGAUUCACUUCAGAGUCUUGCUAUACAUGCAGUUUACUUUGGAAGUAGGCAUGCAUGACCCUUCUACAUUUUGGGUUGGAUCCAAGCAUACAAUGUAAUCCUAACCUCGGCUACUCAGAACUAAGCCCUACUGAAUUCAGCAGGGCUUACUUCUAAGUUAGUGGGGUUAGAACUGAAGCCUUAGUCCAGGCAUAGGAAAACUCGGCCCUUCAGAUGUUUUGGGACUACAAUUCCCAUCUUCCCUGACCACAAGUCAUUAGCUAGGUAUCAUGAGAGUUGUAGUCCCAAAAUAUCUGGAGGGCCAAGUUUGCCUAUGCCCGCCUUAGUCAUACUGAGAGUAGACUCAUUGAAACACAUGGCUCUCAAGUCAGUUGAUUUCAAUGGGUCUACUCUUAAGCAAGUCUAAGUCUGGAUCUAAAAUUUUCUUGUUUUUUUCAAAAUUAUUCUGAAAGUAAUGUUGGGAUAGACCCUAGUGCUCAGAGAUCUCCCGGGCUGUGAUAAGGAUAAUAUGGUAGCAACCUUGUGUUUUUAGGAUCUAACGCCAAGCUCAGAUAUCAGAUCACUUCAGGAAAUGAGCGAGGAGAUUUUUACGUGGAACCUGAGAUGGGAACUCUAUUGAUUGCCCAGUGUCUUGACUAUGAACAAGAACAGCAUUAUGAGCUUCAGUUGGUAGCUUCUGAUGGAAAAUGGGAGAACCACACCCUUGUUAUCAUCAAUGUAGUCAAUAAGAAUGAUGAAGCCCCUGUCUUCUCCCAGGACGAAUACCACAGCAGUGUCUUGGAGGAACUUACUGAUCUGCCGGUAACUGUUUUACGGGUAAGCAGGGUAAAUCUGGGUUCAAAGAUUAUGCAAAUGACACUGGUGGAAAAUUCCAGCAACUUAAAAGAAUUGCAAUUCUUGAAAUGAAAGCAUAUUCACUCAGAAGACAGUUUUGAGGAGCUUCGUUGGGUUUAUUCUCCAUAGUAAGUGUGGGUUUGUGCUUAGGAUUGCAGACUAAUUCAAGUAGUGAAUUUCUGGAUACUAACUGUACAUUUACACCAUGUCAUCGUUUUUGGGUUUCUACCAGACUCCAUAGUGAUCUCAGCUGGUUGCAAUACAGCUAUCAUGUUUGGGCUUUUAUUUUUAUUAUUUCAAUGUAUGCAUUGCCUAUCCAGAUAAUAGUGUGCAAAGUGAUUAAGAACAAACAAAGUAUAACAUAAAAUAAACAAAACAUCGUCAAAUAUAAACUGAUAUACAAGACAAGGUUUUAAAAAACCCAGAUCAAUGAAACAGCCAGUUAAAAGCAGCAGGAAAAACCCCCAGGUGAGCUUGAUGGCUAAAAACCUUUCUAAAUAAUGUAUCUGUUGUCAGAAAACCACUCGUGGGGGGCACUAAGCAGGCCUCCAUAGGAAGGGAAUUCCAAAGUUUAGGUGUUUGGUGCUUAACCUUUGUGCUUGCUUUCAGGUUUCUGCAACUGACCCCGAUCAGGAAGCUGACCAGAGUGCCCUUCGCUACUCAUUGCACGGUCAGGGUGCCCAAGCGGAGUUCACUAUCAGUGAGUACACAGGCGAGAUCACUGCAAAUGAGAAGCUGGACCGGGAAAAGCGGUCCGUGUGGCGCUUCCUUGUUCUUGCUACGGAUGAGGAUGGGGAGGGUCUAACCGGCUUCGCCGACGUCAUCAUUGACGUGACAGACGUGAACGACAACCCGCCUCUUUUCCUUUGCGCCUCGGACGGUUGCUUUAUGGGGCAAAUUCCAGAAGACGCCCCCGCUGACUCCACCGUCAUGGAGAUGUCGGCGGUAGACCUUGAUGACCCCAGAGCUGGGAAGAAUGCCGUGUUAACCUACAGUAUUAUUCAGAACGUCCAAAACGAGAUUAACCUCAACCUGUUCUCAGUUAACCCAGCUACUGGCACCAUCUACACUGUGUUGGGAUCCUUAGACAGGGAGAAAGAAGACCGGUACCUGGUGGUGGUUGAGGCGAAAGAUGGAGGAGGCCUGACUGGAACAGGGACUGCCACUAUUUUGGUCACUGACGUAAAUGACCACACGCCAACCUUCACGCAAAAGAUCUACACGGCCUUUGUCUCCGAGGGCGCAAGCCUCAGCGCUGAGGUUGCUGUGGUGUCAGCUACUGAUGGGGAUGAAGGAGAAAACGCUGUGGUGGCUUUCAGCAUCGUAGGUGGAGAUGAGGACCACAAAUUCUUUAUUGAGACGGACAAAGCAGACAAACGCGGUAUAAUUCGACUGAGGAAGCGGAUAGAUUUCGAGAAACCCCACGAGAGGGUGUUUAACUUGACCGUAAAAGCAGAGGACCUGGAUUUUUCCAGCAUAGCUCACUGUGUCAUCUAUGUGGAGGACUCCAACGACCACGCUCCUCUGUUUUACCCACAAUUCUAUGAGGUAGCAGGUCUGGCUGAAGACGUCCCCCUCGGAACUAAAGUCGUCCAGGUUAUUGCUGUUGAUUUAGAUUCCGGGCUGAAUGGACGGUUCUCUUACCGCCUGCUAAAUAAGUCGGACCCAAAUGGGAAGUUCUCUGUGGCUACUGAUGGCUGGGUCCUUGUGGCAGGUCUUCUGGAUUAUGAAACUGUGGCACAGUACCAACUCGUGGUCAUCGCUACAGAUAUGGGACAGCCUCCUUUGAGCGGCAGUGCCACAGUCCUCGUGGCUCUUCAAGACGUAAACGACAACGGACCCGAGUUUGAGGCGCAGUACAACCCAGUAGUUUGGGAAAACACUCCUUCUCCUCAGAUUGUCCAGAUGAACGAUACCUCAACGCUUUUGUACGCUAAGGACAGGGACAGCCCAGCAAAUGGGGCGCCUUUCUCCUUUCACUUACUGAGCGACUUUGGCAGCGUGACUUAUUUUAAUUUGCAGGACUUCAGCAAUGGGAGUGCAAUGCUAACUGCGUUGCACACAUUCGACAGGGAGGUGCACAAGGUAUUUGAAUUGCGGAUUCUCAUUGCUGACAGCGGGAGCCCUCCCAUGAGCUCAACCAACACAUUAACCGUGAAUAUCGGAGACCGAAAUGACCACCCUCAUGCUGCUGGCUUCAUGGAGUGCCUCAUCUACAGCUACAAUGGUAAGCUGAUGGUGAUGAAGCUGGCUUGCAUGCUUAAAGGAGACUGCCUUAUUCCAGGUCAUGUUUUGUACAUCUACCUUGGUAUUGUCUACUCAAACUGGCAGCAGCUCUGCAGGGCCUCAGCCUCAUCUUUCCCACCACUUGAUCCUUAAAAAAAACCCCAGAAACUCUGAUGCCAGGGGUUGAACAUGAGACCUUCUGCAUGCAGAGCUUGUGACUUGCCAUGAAGCUACCUACGGUCAUGCCUGUAUUCUGCAUUCUUAUAGCCUGUGUUCCCUGUUCACAAUCAGUUUCAGAACACCUUGGGUGAACAUUAGGAUGCAUACAGAGGUGUUCUUGGUGAAUCCCCUCCCAACUUUACAUCUCCUGUUGGUUUUAGCUUGAUGAGUUCUUCCCAAAGAUUUAUGGGUUGUAAAUUUGGGUGCAUUUGGGGAAAGGAGUUAAAAUAAUACUAAAGAAAGUCGGGUGAGUUGAAUGUGUUCUUUCGUGCAGUGUCUUCCAAAAUCUGUUCUGGCGAAUGCCCAUCAGUUUGCCUACUACCAUCAAUCUUCCCCUUAAAUCACAUGGCAGCAGUGAUUGUAACGUCCAUCAGGCUGUUAUGCAAGCAGAGACUGGCACCUGCUGUGCUGUUUGGCAUUCUGGCUAUCUAUCCUUACUAAAAAGCAUAUGUUUAGCCCUUCUUUUUAAGAGAAGUGUGAAUGAGUGCAAACCAGGCUUGGGGAACCUUCUGCUCAUGGGUCUAAUUAGGUCCCAAUUUGGCCCAUGAGGCUGUUUUCCCUUAACCCACACCCACCUCCCUUUACACCUGACAUCGUGUGAUAAUCGGCUGAUGGGUGGUGUUUCAAUGCACCAUGCUCUUUGCAAGAUUGCCCCAUCACCUGGCAUAACUGUCAUGUCAAGUGACUGGCAGGUUAAAUUUGAUUGACUGUCAAAUUUGGCCCACAAGAAUUAGAGGAGAGAAGGAUCUGGGCUGCUUCACAGAUCUAAUUCUAGUGCAUGCUGAAAUCCUGGUCUGGGACCAAUGAUCCAUGUGUGGGAAGCACUUCGAAGUUGCAGGGUAUUUUGUUGAUAUCCCCCACCAGCUGCAGAGCAUGCUACAACUUCUGAAAAGCCACUCCAGAUGGUGAGAGGACUUUACAUGGGGGGGGCAGGGGCUGGAACUGGCACAUCCCUCCCCCCAGUGCAUGGAUCAUUCCUCAGUGGUUGAGCUCAUGCAUUGCAUGCAAAAGGUCAUAGGUACAAUCCCUGGUAUCUUCAGGUAGGGCUGAGAAAGACUUCUGUUGUCUGAAAUUGUGGAGAGAAAUGGUGAGUCAGUGUAGAGAAUAGUGAGAGCAGUGGUCCGACUAGGCAUAAAGCAGGUCCCUCUGCUCUUCCCUAGGAAUUGUUAGAUCCAAGCCUCAGGUGGCAUAGGAGCCUGAACAGGAAUUUUGGUGGUUGGUGAGCUCGGCAUAGUUCCCAUGGUCCUUACCUGGCUGGUUUCUGAGUCUCUAUUUCCUUUGCUGAGACAUUCCCUUCACUUAAAAAACAUGGGUUUCUAAAACAGGUGCCUGCUAUAAGCAAGCAUAUGCAGUUUUUUCUUGAUUGUCUCAAUUCACUAAAUUUGAUUUUCCUUAUUUCACCUUGGAACAAGAGCUUUCUUGCCCCAGAUUUUGUUUUUGUAGGCAUACAGCCUGCGCAGCUUGGAUGGCAGGUGUGUGUCAGCUUGCAAGUGUUGAUAUCUUGCGCUGAUAUUUCAACAGCACAACAUGCUUCCAGAAUAGUUGAAAAGCAAACAUGAUAGGAGAAUAAAAUGAAUAGUAAUUUUUUAACACUUGCAGAAUGCUUUCUCACAUUUACGUAAGUCGUAGAUUUUCUUUUUUCCCAUUUUUCUUCUCUUUUUUUUAAGGUAUCUUACCCACAACUGUAUUGGGUCAGAUUCAUGCCCCAGACAAUGAUGACUGGGACCACAAGACGUAUCACUUUGAAGGGAAAGCACCCAGGUAAAUGUCAAGUUCUUAAGUUUUUGAAAAUAGCUCUCUCUUAAUGAGAGAGUUGAGUAUCAGAAACGGGUAGCUGUUCUGAAAACUAAUGCAGUAUAGCUUCACAGAACACAUGGGCUGCAUUCACACAUCAUACUAAAUCAGGGUUGCCAACAUGGUGGUGAUACCUCUGUGCACCCACCCACACACUACCCCCUUUGUCUUAAGGUGCUAAGAGUGGUUUCCUUUUUCAGCCUUAAGAACAACAUAGAGCUGAAGAAGGAAGUUGGAGGAGAGGACUCUCUUUCCCACUUCCUCUUUCAGCUCUAUGACUUUUACCCAGCUCUUAGAAAUGUGAGGUGUAUGCACGCUAUUUCUGGGUUUUGUUUUGUUUUAAAGGUAGGCUGCUAAGGUAGGGGGUAACCAGAGGUAUAGUGCCCACUUGCUCAAAAAUCUAAUUGUGCCUGUGGACCUAAAAAUGUUGGCAACCCUUGCACUGUGCUAUAGUUUAGUGUGACGUGCAUAAAGUGAAAGGGUGGACAUAGGAAAACAUUUUUGGCUAUUGUUAUUAAGACUAUUGAGGAGAUUUCUAGAUAUAAAUUGCUGGGCCCUAUGCUUCACUUAUGGGACAAUUUGCACCAGACAAUGUAAUCUACCUAUUAAAAAAUAGCAUUAUGUGCACCCCAGACUUCAAACUAUGAGAGAUUUCAGGGGUGCAAGUGUGUACCACAGGUUUGGUUUCUUUAGAAGGAAAGUACUUAAGAGAUGAUGCGUGUUUUUGCAGUGCAUUAAUAUACAAAUUUCAUACAUCAAGGUGAUUUGGGAAGGGCAGGAGUCCCCAAAAGGUGGUGUGCCACUGCCCAGAAGCAGAGGCGCUGCCACUCACCGAGAAGUCGGGGCGGGGGGGGGGGAGCAGUGAAGUGGUUGACGCUGUGCAGACACAUCAGCAGGAAUGCUGGAUUGGCUUUUCCACUGGGCCCGCAGAGCACGGGUUGCUUAGUUCCUUUCCCUCCAGGAGGGCAGUAAUUUCGCUGCCAGGAGGUCAAGUGUGUGAGUAACACCCAUUCUCACUUACUGCUCCUGGACAAAUUUAUUUUAAGGAUCAACAGGCAAGCAUAACCAAUUAUGCUGGGGAGCAGAUAAAUUUACCAGAGGGUAAGUUCACAUGAAAUGCAACGAGCCAACACAGCAAUGAAAAUUAAGCAGAUGAUGUGAAUGCAUGCAUUUGUUGUUAUUUCAUUUAACAAAAUUUAUACACCACUUGAGUCAACAGAGAGCUCUAGCCACAAUAUGAUCGGGUGAUACCAUGAAUGGUUUCUUCCUCUCAGGUAUUUUAUCCUGAAUGACAAUUCUGGCUUACUAAGUAUCAAAGAAGGAACUCCUUCAGGAACCUAUGACAUAAGAGUGAAAGUUACAGAUGGCAUCUGGCCUGAUGUGGUCUCCACUGUAAGGGUGGUUGUGAAAGAAAUCAAGGAAGAAGCUGCCCACAAUGCAGGAUCUAUCCGAAUAAGAGGUAAAUGAUGAGUUGUAAGCAUCUUCUGGAGAUCAGUUAACAUUGUUGAGACUCCUGAAUGCCCACCAAGGCCUGCAAUUGAGUCACUAAGGACUCAUGACCAGGGGUAUCAAAGGUUGCAAUGUAACAGGUUCAUGAGGGUAUCAUAGUUCUCUUGGUGGAAGGUUGUUGAUCCAGGACCCAGAAGAGUGAUAUUCUAGGACCGGGGUGGGGAACCUUUUCUGGCUGGAGCACCUGAUCUUUAUCAACCCCACCUCUAGCGGGCCAGUGUUGACAAGGCGGGCUGGACCUCUGACAUGUCAAUCACCUGACCUUAGAGCGGCAUCCAGUGAUGCUUUCCCUUUGCAAAAGCCUCUUUGAAGUGGCUAAUGCAGGCAUGUUGCUUCAAAGGAUGCUUUUGCACAGGGCUGGAGGUCCCCCACCCCUGGUAUAGAAGACAGAAAGUGAUUUCUCACUGUCAGCAACCUUCCCUGGUUGGAUUCCAGCACAAGCUAACUCAACUGACCCCCAGUAUCAGUAGGAGAAGAGCGGUCUGCACCCUCAAAUGCUGCCAUGACUAGUGACGGGGAACACUGUCAAUUAUGAUUUCUGUCAAGUUCCCAUUUUUUUCCAUUCUCAUUUUCAAAUCGGUCUCCCACUCCUUUUUAACAAAACUUUCUUACAAAAAUUCACCAGCAUUUUAGGGUACAUUUUUCUAUACCUGUGUUUGUAUGCAAUUUUGUCUAAACUGCAAAGCAGUUUACCUAAUAAGAGUGCAUUUUAAUACAAACAUUACCCUGGUUUAUGCAUUUUUGUAUGCAUCACUUGGCUAGAAAGCUGCAUUGCAAAUUCAGAGAAAUGUGAAUUUCAAACAAUGGCUGUGUUUCAGGUUGUGAAUUUUUUUUCUGUGUGUGCAAAAUUUGGCAUGUCUGCCUUUACAUAUGAACUGAAUCAAAUAUCUCCCCCAUACCUAGUCAUGGCAUCCCCCAAAGCCAGGAUUUCAGGUCAGUUUAAUAGCCCAAGGUUUCCUGCAACGUGUCUUGUCCCUUGGUAGAGGCCACAGGUAACCAUGGAGUACCAAGAUGUUGGUAAAGUAGUAUGUGUUUAAAAAAAUUAAGGUUUAGGUAUGAGAUUGGAUAAAUUUUCAAAGGAUGAAUUCCUAUGAACGUUCUGGAAGUGGUCUUGCCUUUUAGAGAGGAGAUGCCUGAAGGUUUUUAUUUCACCGUUGCUUCAGUGUCAGGCUUGGAAAUUUGUGUGUGUGUGAUAUAUUUACAGAUAUCACUGCAGAGGAUUUUAUAUAUCAGUCAUCCGAGAGUGAAAGUAAGUACAACCAAAUGAAGAAGCUUUUUUCAGAAAUCAUACCGGCCCAACUCGAAAAUGUCCACAUCUUCAGUGUCUUGAACAGCCCAGGCAAAACACAAGGGGUAGAUGUAUGGUUUGCAAUUCAUGGAUCACCCUAUUACAAAGCAGAAAAACUUAACGGAAAUGUUGCUGUGUCCAAAGCACGGGUAAGUGGUGUUUGUUUGUCAUUCCCUCUCUCUACCCACCCCCAACUUGCAAUUCUAGGCAACAUUUUUAAUGAAGUCUCUACAGAACCUAUCUGAUGGAAUCUUUGUGGAUUUCCUUCUAAAUUUUAUUCCAGAUUUUGAGAGUGCAAUUUUGCAUGGGAAACACACGGCAGCUACUUCAUGAUCAAACAGGUUUGAAGAUAGUCUUUCCCCCCAAAGAACUCCACUCUGCAGAGGGAGUGGACCUGUUGAGAUGGCCCGCCUGUGGGGACUGGUGGAAUCUGAUGGUUUCCUAAACACCUGGUGGUGUGCAGGCAAAAAAAAAGACUGUGGGGGAGGGGCAGCUGGAGCACAGGUAGUGUAAAUCCCAGUCUGAACCUGAGGGUAUAUAGUCAUACCCUGAAAGUCGAAUGGAAUCCGUUCCGGCAGUCCGUUCGGCUUCCAAAACGUUCGGAAACCAAGGUGCAGCUUCCAAUUGGCUGCAGGAAGCUCCUGCAGCCAAUCAGAAGCUGCAGAACCCACGUUGGACGUUCGGGUUCCAAAGAACAUUCGCAAACUGGAAUACUCACUUCCGGGUUUGCAGUGUUCAGGAGUCAAAAGGUUCAAGUCUCAAGGCGUUCGACUUCCAAGGUAUGACUGUAUUGCUGUUCUUACCAUAGGGCGAUGAUGGCAGGAAAAGCCAUCCAGCAAAACUUUUCCAAGUGGUGAGUGGACUCUUGCCAUGUGGCCAAGAGAGCGUUGUUCUUGUCCUCAGCAGCCUACUGUAACAAUUUUACAGAUUUCUAAAUGCAAUAAUAUAUAAAAAAUUCCUGAGGGACAAAAUGGCUCAGAGUCACACAGAGCUGGACAUCACAGUUAUAGCUUGCCCAGUAAACGGGCAGUUUCAGUUAUUGGAGUGGGGAAGCUGCUUGGAGAAGCAAUUCCAUUCACCUGCCCCCUUGACCCUUUCCCAUCUUGGCUUCUUAGAGCUGGCUGAAGGAGACUUGACAGGGUGGGUCCAGUGGGUUAUUGGAGGAGAGCUGAUGGUAGUUGUUGUCCAAAACAUCUGGAGGGUACCAGGGUUGCUGAAAGCUGCACUAGUUUAAGACUAAACUGAACAUUGGGUUUAAUCUAAUUCAGUCCAGACUUUUUAAGAACAAAUACUUUGCUGGGCACUGCUUGCUAUGAGACAACUGCAGCAGAGCCCAAAGGGUAUCAUUUGUGAAGUCUUCAAAGAGGUGUUUUUAGUCUAGUUCUCUUGUGCAUUUCUGGUUCCUUUAAAAAAAAAAGGGCUGACAACUAGAUCUAACCCACAACAGCUGGAAACUAUCCUGAAUAUCAGCAUCACACAAGUUGGCAUAGAUGAGUGCGCAACUGAAAACUGCUCUCAUAGCGCCGGAUGCACCAGCAAAAAUGAAUUCAGUGCUCUUCCCACGAUUACUUCUUCCGGAAAUGUUUUGCUGGCCUCCAUUACAGUGCUGAGCAGUGCCCAGUGUACUUGCGAAGCUCGGGAGAGAAAGCACCAUUCUUGUUCCUCCUACCGGAUCAAUCCAUGCUUUAAUGGUGGCACCUGUACAGACACAGACCUGGGCUACAGGUUAGUAGAUUGGCUCAUGAUUGAGCUGUGUUGUUGUUGUUGUUUUAAAAAAGUGCCAACCUUUAUGUGGGGAUGGGGAACAGGAUCAUGGUAGAACUCCAGAUUCGAAAGUAGCCAACCCUCUGCAGGCCUCUUUUGACAGGCGGGUGGGGCCACUCAGCUGCCAAUCACUUGACAUCAUAUAAAACCAUGCAAAUUGAAUGGCUGCAAAGGAAGAAUGGGCUCCCCCUCCUUCCUUCGCAGCCACAGCUUGAAGGUUUGCCUCAUGAACUUCCCGCUCCUGACAUCAAGUGUGGAAAAUGUGGGUGCGGUUGACACAAAAUGACUUGGUGACCCGCCCUUAGAGACUGGACAAGUCUCAGGGGCUUUAUAGUGAUGAAAUGUUCAAGGCGGAGUACAAUAAUUCCAACUAAAGGAAAUAUCAUUCACAGAUUAUAUACUCGGGUCACCUUAUAUGCUAAUAACCAAUUCUAAUGCCAUCUGCACACAAGAGGGAAGUAUCUUGAAGCCUGGGAGAAUCCCAGGUUUUGCAGAAUUAUACAUCUUUGACCCCAGACAUGUUUCUGAAAUGGCUUCAUGGCUGUCAUAUUUUUCCAAGACACAAGAUGGCAAUGUUGGGCUUUGAAGUUAAAUCUCUAUGGUUUCAAGCUUAAGGAUAGCUCCUCUUGCCUCCCUGAUCAACUCUUUCCUACAACCAAUGAAUAGAAGUGGACCCGUUAUAUUUGAAAGGAAAUUAUUCCCCUGCAAAAAAUGUUUUGGGUUUUUGUCUCCUUUCUCCUCCUGGAACAUUGUCUGCCAUCUCUUGAGUACUUCUCACUGUGCAGUGAACUUUCCCAUUUCUUUAUUUGUGGAUGUCCAUUAGGCCCUUUAGAUACUAAAGAAUUUAGAAGAAAUUUGUUUUGUUAGAUUUAGCGUGUGCAUGUAGGAGAUAUAUACCACCUUCUCUCUGAGGAACUCAAGGCAGUGUACAUAGUCCCCCCCCAUCCCCUCCUUUUUAAUCCUGACAACAACACACUGAGGUAGAUAAUUCUGAGAAAUUAACGGCUAUUUCAGGGUCAUCCAUUGAGCUUAAGGGCUGAGGAGAAUUCUUCCCUGCCCUUAUCUGACACCAUAACCCAAGGUGGGGAACCUGUGGCCCUCUAAAUGUCGCUGGACUACAACUCCCAUCACCCCUGGUCAUUAGCCAAGCCACCCAUCUUAGAGGCCCUCACUUCCUCCUGCUGGAGUGAGUUACAUAGUUUAACUGCACUGUGUGAAGAAACUCCGCCUGUACGUUACUACUACUAGCAAUAAUCUUAAGGGGGGGGUUGUUGCCUGCCCUUCACCAGAAGAUCUCAAAGCGGGUUAAGUAAUGUACAAAUAAAAUGUUAAAACCAGUUUAAACAACUAACCAUCAGGAAGAAUAAGGUGAGUCCUAGAAACCAUUCUUCCAGUGGCAAAGGGUAGCUACUACGCUCUCUGCUUUGCAAUGUGUGUCUGCUUAGGGGUAGAGAGAGGGACAGGAAUAACACAUUGGUUUAUUUCUGCAGCUGCAAGUGCCCCAUGGCUUUCCAUGGGCCUGAAUGCCAGCAGACACAGCACACCUUCCGAGGACACGGAUAUGCCUGGUUCCCAACCCUCAAGCCUUGCUUCCAGAGCCGUAUCUCGCUGGAUUUCAUUACCGAAGCAGCCAAUGGACUUCUGCUUUACAACGGGCCCAUGACACGCCUGAAGCCGGGGGAAGCAGAGGAUUUCAUUGCCCUAGGUGAAAGAUUUCUGUUUCUCUCCUUCUGUACUACUGGAUCAUAAAGCAGGGGUUGGGAAUCAUCCCCCUCCCCCCGGCAUUCCCUCAGGACCACAUGCUAGAGAUGGGUAGGGCCAGAGGCAAAAUGGGUAGAGCGGUGGAAGUGAUUCCAAAGGCGUCUGGACUAUGGCAGUACAGACACUGAGGUCCAGCUCCAAGGGCCUUCUGGUGGUUCCCUCACUGUGAGAAGUGAAGUUUAAAAGGAACAAGGCAGAGGCCCUUCUUGGUAGCGGCACCCGCCCUGUGGAACACCCUCCCACCAGAUGUCAAGGAGAUAAAUAACUACACAACUUUCUGAAGACAUCUGAAAGCAGCCCUGCAUAGGGAAGUUUUUAAUGUUUGAUAUUUGUUUGCCGUGUUUUAUUCUCUUGGAAGCGGCCUAGAAUGGCUAGGACAACCCAGUCAGUUGGGCGGGGUAUAAAUAAUAAACUUAUUAUUAUUUCUCAUUUUGCUCUCUACACCUAAGGUAUAUUCCUCUUUCAACUGUAUUUAUACUGGAAUCAUAGAAUUGGAAGAGAUCACAAGGGUCAUCUCUUGUGCAGGAAUCUCUUGCCCAACGUGGGACUCAAACUCACGACAUGUGAGAUUAAGAGUCUCAUUCUGUACCAACUGAGUUAUCCCAGCUGAGGGUAUGCAAAGCCAGGAGCGACUUGACUGGUGGGGCCUCCCCGUAGUAGCUACUUACAGGGAGGGACGAGGCAGCAGCAAGGUCAGGGCUGCACAGAUGCACUGGUAGAGCCAACUGAGCAGUCCUGCUGGUGCACCCUCUAAGUCGCAUCCGCUUUCCCCCACUCCUGGUAAGCGACAGUGACGCUUCUCCUUGGGAUGCUGUUGCUGUGGCCAACUCCUCUUCCACUGGGCAAACUGCUCCUGCAUGAAGGUAAUGUGAGUUCUUGUAGUCUUAGAUCAGGCAUCCCCAAACUCAGCAUCCCCAAACUCUGUCCAGAUGUUUUGGGACUACAAUUCCCAUCAUCCCUGACCACUGGUCCUGUAAGCUAGGGGUGAUGGGAGUUGUAGUCCCAAAACAUCUGGAGGGCCGAGUUUGGGGAUGCCUGUCUUAGAUGAUACAAAAGAAGUGCAUGUCAACAAGGAUCAAGCGAAAUUCUCAAGGAAGAAAACCACCCAAUAUGCUUUUCUCUUUCAUUAAACAGAGCUCUCGGAGGGCGUUCCAUUGCUAACUUUGAGCCAUGGCUCAGGGGCACUGCUUCUGCAGCUGUCGGAGAAAGUCAACGUCGCUGAUCGGCGCUGGCAUAACAUAAACAUAAUCAACGAUGGAAAGGCAAGUGUAAAGUGUACCCCAAAAGGACUCUAGAAGUUUUUGAGCUUUCACACCCAAUCUUUAUUUGAGCAUAGCAUAUGUUUUUUUAUGUUAGUUUAUCCUGAAGGGAAGUCACAUUUGUAGAGGAAGGGAGGAAAUUAGAUUUGUGAUUAGAUGCUACAUGGGUAGGUGCAUAUUUUUUUCUCAGGUGGAAUAAUUUGGUUGGGGAAUUGGCACAGGGGGCAGGAGACAGGACUCUCCAGCGCUCUGGCUCCAAUCUGAGUCAACAUAAAUAUCUUUUCCACUUUAGAAAGUACAGCUGAUCUUGGACCACUGCGUAAAUGUCUCUGUUAUGAACAGCGUCGGUGCCCUGCAGGGAGUGUCGAGGGCAGAUAAAUCUGCCUGUAAAGUUUCUUCCGAGACUCCAGGAAGUGAGAGGUAAAAUAUUGGAAAUAUAAGCUUUGACUGGUAGAUCAAUCAACUUGAGUUUAGGUUGUUUAAUUGAUGCAGGCCAUUUUGAAUCGGUAGGGCCGUGGGCUAAGUCAGCAAAUUUCAUUACGCCGCAAGACAUGCAGGUUAGUGACUUGUUUAAUGAUAACCUUUGAUUCUUUGGGCCACUUCAGACAUCAUACCAUUCAGUUGUCAACAACCUGCCUUCUGUCUGGGGUUCUUAGUUUAGCUACCAUUCCAAGGAUCCUUUGGGGGGAGCCGUGUAGUUUCAAUGCAUGGUGUGUACACAGCCACAGUAUGAAUCCAUGGAGAGCUGCUGUCUGUCAGUGUUGGUAGCUAGAUGAACCAGUGGUCUGACUCAGUAUAGGGCAUCUUCCUGUGUUCCCUUCCUCAAAGGCCAGCGGUUAUCCUUAUCUAGGUUGGUUGUAGGUUUAUUAGAACUGUGGGGUGUGUUUUGCUUUUUUGCUUUCUACCUUUCUAAUUCUCUUGCUGUUGGUAGAUUUCUCAACGUUCACCAGCCUCUCCAGCUGGGUGGAGUGAAGAAGGCCCAGCCCUACCAUACGUCACAAAAGCAUUUCAGAGGGUUUGUUGGCUGCAUCCGAAAUGUUGUUCUCGAUAGCCAGGUAAGACCAUCAAGGCAUCGCACAUUCUUCCCCAGCUCCCUGCCAUCCCAGUCUACCUGCAGCUGCUUACCGCCAUUCUUCUUGCUUAUCUAUUUUUCUAUAGGUAUACAAUUUAGAGCAUCCUGCAGAGUCCUUGAACAGUGCACCAGGCUGCUCUCUGACUGACGGGCUGUGCCAGAAAGCUGGUGUGUCUUCCUGUGGCACCCAUGGCAAAUGCAUUGGCGACUGGGGCUCUUUUAACUGUGAUUGUUUCACUGGCUACACAGGAGCAAGAUGUGACAAAGGUUUGGUUUGCAUUGUGGGGGAAAUUUCAGUAAUCCCAAAGAAAAGACUCUGGCAACAAGGCAGUGGACUUGGUUUCGGUUUUGAUUUUAAUGAGACAGAUUUGUUAGCUUUUCCGUUAGGAGUGCAUUUUGCACCAUGCUCCCACCCCUAAUUUUGUGUAUUUUUCACUUAAGCGCUGCAUAAUCUAAUUCUGCUUCCAUAACAAGGAAUAGGGACUUUUGGUAAAUGGAGCGUGGAGUUGCUGAGGACUAGAUAUAUUUUUGUCCCUAACCAAAAUAAAAUGCAAGCUAAUAUUUUUAGUCAUUAAAUGUGUUGUGUUUAUGCCUGCCAGCUUAGUAGAACACCUUCCUGCAGCAAUGUAGUUGGCUGUGGUCCCACAAAACCUUGUGCCCUAAUAAAGACUCUUUGAUUUUAAUAAAAUAUAAAUUCAUACUAGACACUUAGGAAGUAAAAGGGAGGUGGGAAAGUCCAAAUUAUUACACAGUAUGACCUUCGUCUGUCCUUUCACAUUUAGCUCUUCCAGAAUGGACUUUUGGAAAGGAUAGUUGGAUUCACUAUGAACUGAAAACGCUGUUUAAUGCAUACCACACCCGUGUCCAACUUGCAGUACGCACAAGGAUGUCCUUCUGUACCCUUCUCAGUAUGGCAUCUUCGGAUGGAAGCGGAUACAUUAGAGUGGAGGUAAACAAUUAAUCCACUGUUUUUCCACAAACACUUUCAUUUUUUCAUUUUUUUUAAAAAACCAAACCAGCGAUUACAGGAGCAAAAAAUAAAAUUAAGUAAAAGUAAGUGUCACAUCAUACAUUGAUGUUAAGGAAAAGACAAUCCAGAUUUCCCUCAUCAGUGCAGGUAGAGACUAAUUUGCAUCAGUUCCAAAAGUGCAAGAAAUAAAGCAUAAAAACAAUCUGGGUCUUUUGACCCAUUGGAGACCUUUAAAUUGUGAGUAAUCCUCUCUGAAAUGGAUAUUUCUAUAACAACGUGUUAACUAUAAGGCCUUCAGUGUUUUCUACCUUUCAUGGAAUCAUCAUAGAAUCAUAGAGUUGGAAGGGACCCUGAGGAUCAUCUAUUCCAGCCCCCUGCAAUGCAGGAAUAUGCAGUUGUCCCUUACGGUGAUUGAACCUGCAACCUUGGCUUCAAUCACCACCGUGCUAUAACCAGCUGAGCUAUCCAGCUGCCUUUGUGCCAUUGAGAUUCUGGCUGCAGCCAGCAUCCAGCUUUCAAGCACAAAUUGCAUACAUGACCAUCCCAGAUACUUAACAAAGAAAGUUGUUUUUACAUAUUACAUAAUUCUACAGCUGUUUUCUCCUGUGACUAUGUUAGACACCACAAUAAUUAUUUUUCUUUUCAUUUCCCAGUUAAAUGGGUUUCCAGUUAAAAAGCUGCAUUUUCUGAAAAGUUUCUUUAAUCUUAUAAAAACUUAAUUGGAGCAGAGCACGUUUCCCACUGCAAAGAACAACAGUUUGCUCCCAUUAAACACUCAGAUCUUUAAGUAUGCUAUAGGCAUCUUCCAUAAAAUUAUAUAUCAAGACCAUGCUUCUCAUGUCUCCAUGCAGGUAAUUGGUGGACAUUUUGGGGUGAGCUUCAAUUUGGGAGACAAAGACCACACACUUCAAUUAAGCACUGUGCACAUAGACAAUGGUCAGUGGGUUGAACUAGCCUUACAGCGGUAUCACAAUGAAUUUUAUUUGCGUAUCAAUGAUGGUGGAGGCGAUCAUGAGACUUCGGCCAUUCUGGGAUCAAGCGGACAGUUUGAAAUGAAUUUGGCAAGCAUUGUACUCGGAAACCGCCUUGCUAACGGUUCAGAAAGCGAUUUCCAAGGUACGUGGUGUGUCUGAUGGACCUGGAAAAUUUGAAAACCAGUAAAAAUUGCUCAUGUCCUUUGUAGAACCACUAAGGAUGUGCAGCUCAGAAUUUCCUCCAGAGGGCAGCCGCACUGGGCAUUUCCCAGGGCCCCAAGACCAGAAAUGGGCCCACUCAUCUAACAGUACUACCAGUUCUGCUUUGUACAGCGUAUCUAAGAAGAUCAGGGGCAGCUUACGAGAAUUUGCACCACCCAUUUCUUCCAUGUUUGGGGCCCCCACUGAAAAUGCCAUGCCAUCCUAGAAUAACUCCUAGGAAGCCAUUCAUUUAAAAAAUAUUUAUCAUCAUCAUCAAUUCUCCCCAUAACUAUGGCUUUUUCCAUGUUGUAUCAAUGGAAUGCAAUUGUAACAGGUAAUAGGUGUUGCUUGUUCAAUAGCGAUGGAAUAACCUUUCUAGAUGAUGCAUUGGGAAGUGGUUCUCAUUGUCUCCACCCAUUUCUCUGUUAUGGGACAGCUUUGCACUGUGCUGUACUUGGCAAGACUAGCAGUUUUCUGCAUCGCUGCACCAGCAUGGUGCUCCUGACUUGAGUGACAUCCAGGGUUCACUGAACAUCGGUGCAAUGCACUUUCACCACUUCUGAUGUCGCACUACACUCCCGUUAAAGGAGGACCAUUUACAACGAAGCUCACUUAAGCCUCUCUUCCUUCUGGUGCUCCCUGCAGGCUGUAUGAGGGAUGUCCGCCUGAAUGGCCAGCCUCUUCUUGUGGAUGGCAAAAGCACUGAAUACAGCUUCAUUGUGGAGCAGCAGGGCAUCACCAUAGGUUGCCAUUCCAGCUCUUGCAGCAGCCAGCCCUGUUACAGCCCUUUCCACUGCGUAGACCUUUGGAGGAAGUAUGAGUGCAGGUAUAUAUACCCUGGUCUUGCUUUGUUCUCUUUUCCUUUUGAAAUCUUUUUCCUUUUGAAAAAUCAACUGGUUGGCCAUGGUGAGAACAGAAUGCCAGCCUAGAUGGCCCAUUGGGCUGAUCCACCAAGGCUCUUCUCUCAUAUCCGUGGAAGGAAACAAGCCAGCAGUAACCCUACCAUAUGUAGCACCAGAAUGUAAAUGUCCCUUGUUAAGUCUUUUUGCCGCAACACCAGUGUGCAUGAGCUCCUGCACACAGACAAGAAAGGAACCUCGCCACCUGCACCCAGAGAGCUUUGCAUUUUUGCUUUAGUUGGGAGCUGGGACUAGCUUACUUUCUGGGACAUCCUCUGUUCCCGAGAACAUUUCCUGCUGUCAUUCCAGAUUUUGUGAUAACCGUUCUAACUCGUCUGUAGAGGGCAUCAGCAUUGAUGCAGGAGCAGGCAAGCACUGGCUUAAGGGGGCUGGAGAGCAUUGCACCACUUUUGAAAAAUCACUCUGUUCCCAUCCCUUGUUUUUAGAGGGGCACCAAGUAGUCCAGGGUCCGUAUUGGCCUGCACACAUCACCAAGGGACCACAGGAAGUGUUUCUUCUGGUCCAUCAUUUCAGGAGCACAGCCACACAAGAUAGGUGCUCCUCCCAGGCGAUCUGUUUAUUCUGCAUCAAUCCUGGUUUGCUUGCACAAAGCAUAUGUUGUGUCUGGCCUUCAUUGAGCAUGCAUUCCGAUUCAUUUACAUGGCAGUUCUGUAACAAUGAAGUCACACUGCUUUACUUGUGGAGUGUUAAUACAUUUUCCUUCUAACUCCACAACUUUCAGUGCAUUUUCCCCAUCAGAGUCCAUUUGCUGUUCCUAUUAAUUGUGUUUGUUUUGCUAGGGCAUGGGUAGGCAAACUAAGGCCUGGGGGCCGGAUCUUGCCCAAUCGCCGUCUAAAUCCAGCUCGCGGACAGUCCGGGAAUCAGCAUGUUUUUACAUGAGUAGAAUGUGUCCUUUUAUUUAAAAUGCAUCUCUGGGUUAUUUGUGGGGCAUAGGAUUUCGUUCAUUUUUUUUUUCUUUUCAAAAUAUUGUCCGCCCCCCCCAAAGGUCUGAGGGACAGUGGACCAGCCCCCUGCUGAAAAAGUUUGCUGACCCCUGCACUAGGGCAACAGAGUGCCCCUAUCUACUUUAAUUAUGCAAACCUGAAUUUCUGGCAUAUGCUUGAAUCCCUCCUGCAAAAUAGUGGAGCCUGGAGACAUCCAGAGACAAGAGCAGCUUAGGUGGGACCCAAAAGGUACCUGCUGUUAUUUCAGCCACUGGUUCUGCUCGCUCCCCUAAAGAAACUUGUGGGUCCCCAAAGCGGAUGCUUAUCAAAUUGCCCCGGCAAGGGAUUUCCAAUCCUUCCUUUGCAUUUAUUUACAUUGCAAAAUAACAGAGCAGCUUCAUGUUUUAUCUCUUUUAUGAAAACGGUGGGUUUCUCUUCAUCCAGGUGCCCAGCUGGCAAAGUGGAAGUGAUGGAUAAUCUCACGGGCUUGAAACAGUGCACAUCGUCACCCUGCGGGCACUGGAACUGCAGGAAUGGAGGGACCUGUGUGGCCCAGUCCCGAGACAAAUACGUCUGCCAGUGCCCUGAAGGUUAUAAAGGGAAAUGGUGCGAAGUCGGCCCCGUGAAAGCUGGAAGACCCGUGGGGCUCAGCUCUGGUUCCAUCUUGGCUAUCAGCAUGUGCCUGCUUGUUUUUCUAGGUAGGAAAGUUUCACCUCUCUUGUGCUACAACUUAAUUCUGUAUUGAAAUGAGGACACUUAGCUACGCCUCUGCCUUCCUGUACUGCUUUAACAACUGUUAGUAAAAGAUACUCCAUGGAGAUCUGGCUACCUUCUUCCUUCCCGUCCCUCGCCCCAGUUCUUCCCAUCUCCCCCAUCUAUGUCUUCAGUAGUUCUUGGUCAAGAUUGGCACACGUGCCAAUAACGGAAGCUUAUCUACAUUGUUUUGAAUAUAUAUGGCAGCCCUAGUCCCACUGCUCCUCUGUGCACCCCGUAAAAUUCCCUGCCCUGGUGCUCAGAUCAGCAUUGGGCAACUGGGUCCAAGACCUGGCAUUUACAUUUCCCACAGGACCCCAGAAUGCUGCUAUGUUGGGCACUGUGGGCAACCACUGUAGGGAAAGAAAGGGCCAGUGGGUGUGAUUCUACUCCCCUUCUGUGUGCAUUUGGAUAACAGCUGAGCAGUCUUGCUAAAGCUGGUUGUGUACCCAGGGCUCCCCUUCUUUGGCUGCUGUGUUCAGUGGAGCUCCACAGAUGCAUGGGACUUGCCAGUGAGAGAUCCACACUUGAACCUCCAAGGCUGCCUCCCUGCAUUUAACCCUGUGCUUAGGACUUUGAAAACCAAAAUGCAAAACUGAGCUCAGCUUUGAAUGAAUUGUUAACUCGGGAAAGAUAAAAAUGAGCCUGAGGAUCAUGUGCAUUGCCUGGAGGAAAGGCAGGAAAUAAAGCAAAAUAAAAGCCUCCCUCAAAUAGUCAGCUUGGAUGGUGAUAUUUCUGCUGAUAUAAGCACAAGCUAUUUAUUCGUGUUUUUGCAGCCCCUUCGCUUCUCUCUUUGGAUGUGGGAAGAGCCAGGCUGGAUCAGAGCAUCCUGCUUUCCACAGCAGCUAGCCAGAUGCCUGUGGAAAGUACACAAGAUGAGGGCAAUUGCUCUCUCCCACUGUUGUUCCCCAAUGACUAGUAUACAGAGACAUGCAGAGUUUCACCCUGGAAGUAAUACCGUAUUUUUCGCCCUAUAGGACCGUAUUUUUCGCCCUAUAGGACGCACUUUUUUCUCCAAAAAUGAAGGGGAAAUCUGGGUGUGUCCUAUGGGGCGAAUGCAGGCUUUCGCUGAAGCUUGGAGAGCGAGAGGGGUUGGUGCGCACCGACCCCUCUCACUCUCCAGGCUUCAGGAAGACAUCCGCAGCCUAGGCAGCCCUGCGGGAGUUCCCGCAGGACUGUCUAGGCUGCGGAUAGUAGCCUACUUCCGGGAGCGCCGGGUGCGCUGAAAGCAGAGCGCCCGGCGCUUCGGGAACACAUCCGCAGCCUAGGCAGCCCUGCGGGAGGUCCCGCAGGGAUGUCUAGGCUGCGGAUAGCAGCCUGCUGCCCGGCGGGCGGGGCGCCCUGAAGCAGAGCGCCCCGUGCGCCGGACAGACAUCCGCAGCGUGGGGAGCCCUGCAGGAGUUCCCCGCAGGGCUCCCCACGCUGCGGAUAGCAGCCUGCCGCCCAGCGGGCGGGGCGCCCUGAAGCAGAGUGCCCCUCGCGCCGGGCAGACAUCGGCCAGCCCCACAAGCUCGGGGGACAGCAGGGAGGCGCAGCGCCGCCAUCCCGCUGUUCCUCGACCUGGUUCAGUUUCCCCGACCUGCUUUUGGGGGGGGAAAUAAAGGAAAAAAUUUUUCCUUUAUUUCCCCCCCAAAAAACUAGGUGCGUCCUAUGGGACAGAGCGUCCUAUGGGAUGAAAAAUACGGUAUAUAGCUAUAGCAACUAUUAGUCAUUGAACAAGCCAAGAUAUAUUAAACCAAAUUCAAACCGUGAUUUAAUAUCCUGACUUGUUCUGAAGCUGGCACCAAUAGUUUCAUGAUUUAGAUGAAAUGGGAAACUAUGGUCAUUUACAGACUUCCUCAUUUCAUUGUGGUUUUCAACAAGGGGAGAGGAAGGAAGGGGCUGCACGCAUGAGUAAAAGGUUCAUGUGCCUCAGCUUAAGUCAAGUUACGAGCAUACAAAUGUGGCCACUGUGUACAUGUCUCAGAAAAGUAAUGACUCAAUUUAUAAUACCACUUUAAUCUUCAUUAAAACAGUGUUUUACUUACUUUGGGUAUCUUAUUUACUCAGGAUUGGUGAAAGGCCAGAGACUGGCCAAAAUGCCCUCUAUUUAAAUGUCCUAGUGGAUUCCUGUAGGUAAGUAAAAUACCCUUUUAAUGAAGCUUGAUGUUAAGAUAUAGAUGAUUCAUUACACUCCUGAAAAAUGUACUUUUGUUUAAUUGACCCUUAAAUUAAAAGACAGAAUUUCCUCCAUACGAAUAUAAACCUUAAAUGCUUUGCUUUUCUUCUUUAUGAAUUGUAUACAGCUAUGCUCUGCAGGUUGAAGGCUGCUCAUAACCAAUGUUUCUUUUUUCUUUCUUUCUUUUUCCUUCCUCAGGUUUAUUAGUUUCCUAUACUGUGUGGAGUCAGUGGGGGAGAUCAAGGUUUCGGAAAGGAGGAAUUUACCACAUCCCUGAGGAACACGAAAGCUGGGAAGAUGUUAGAGAAAACAUCUUCAAUUAUAAUGAGGAGGGUGGAGGGGAGCAUGACCUGGUAUGGUUUUGCAUGACCUGGUAUGGCAUCACGACAGCAUUUUAAAUUCCUUAAUAGGCCAGAUUCAAAUAUGCAUCAGAGAAAUAAAAAAGAAGUAAAAUAAACAUUUUGAAGGCAUGAUUGCAAACUGUUUUGUCAGGGGAAAAGUUUCGUAAAUGAAAUACUUAACCAUAGCUAAAGCAUAAUGCUGUCCAUGUUUACUCAAAAGUAAGCCCCACUGUGUUCAGUGGGGAUUACUCCCUAGUGUGCAGGUUUAGGACUGCAUAAAAUUAAUAUUUAUUUAUUGCUUUCAAGUUUUGUUUACAAAGCAGUUUACAAUAUGAAUAAGAGGGGGGGAGAGAUAAACAAGAAAAGAGUGAAUAUAGGGGAAAAGAUAAUCGGGGUAAAAUACAUACACCCUUCCCCCCCAAAAAAUGUACUCUCCAGACAAAAACAUUGCAAAGAAUAUUUGUGCUUCCAGUUUUUUUAAUUAGUUUUUAUUACUGUUAUUGUGUUACAAAACAAAUCUUAGUUACAUUCUUACAAAACUGGAAGAGAUUAGAAAUUACAGUUGCAUAAUGCAGCCCCUGCCAAGCUGUAUGCAGCUUACCUGACCAGGUACUGAAGUCCAUCCUUUAUAAGCCUCUUGCUGCGAGGUUCCAAAUAGAACAGGUUAAUUGACUAGCAAAGCAUGGGUUGUGGGUUUGAUACAGGAAGUAUGCCAUGAAAGUUUAAAAAAACGAAACUGGGAGGCUGGGAAUGGGUGGGUCAGUGAGGAAAUAAGUGUCACAACCACUUCCAGAAUUGUGAUGGGAAAGAGAUGUUGCCUUUGUGAUAAGACCCCCUUUGCCCUUGAUUUUAUCCCUGAUGCCUAUCCCUCAAAUAUUCUCAUUAACAUUGAUUUUAAAAACCCAGACCCUGACUUCUUAGCAUCCUGGACCACAUUCACCAGCCCAGACUUAUUUGUCUGAGGUAAACAUUGAGUUCCCAUAGACCUCCCUUGUGUUUCACGUCUCUCCCCUUUUUGUCAUUGUCACUUUCCUUUAGGGUGGUUCACAUGAACCCCUCCACAUGGAAGGGAUCAUCAUAGGGCCUUACCUGUCACUGCCACAUUCCCCUGAAGUUUUCAUGUUCAGUUGAAAUUGGAAGGAGUUCUACCUGUGUACAUCUACAUGUGGGUACAACUCUUCCUGAUGCCACUGAACACACGGAUGUUACAGAGUGUGGUGGUAGUAAUGCACAAGUGUGCUAGCCCACACAGACCCUCCAUGUAGUCCUUUACUGCACAUUUAUGUGAAUUCCCCUUUGAGUACUCCAGGGCUGGCUCAGGGGAUGAUGAGGUGUGCUUCUGAGGAGGCUUCAAGAUGGGUGAAGGGCCCAUCAUCCCACCAUUCUCCUUUUGUAUGGAGCCCUCCCCCUCCCAGUGGCAGCACGAGAGGAUUCUCAGUUUGCGUGACCUGCUUCUUCCAGGUUAAGAGGGCCAGGGUUGCCUUGUCUGAGCGCCCCCCAAAAUCCAAGAGCCGGGUCUGGAGUACUCGCAAAUUUUAUUGGUCGCCACAUUUAAAAGAAGAGAUAAAACUGAAUACAGUACUUUCAGCUGAGGCUAAACCAACUCUGAGUACAAAAGGUACUUGACACUGUCUCUCCUGUCUUGUGUUUAAUAUUAAUUAGCAUUAACUUCUUGAAAAACUGGCGUUGUGCAUUUUAACUGUGUUGUUUCUCUGGAAUCAGCCAGAGAUCUUGCUCUAGGACUGACGUUUUGCCAAAAUGUUCUCUGAAAGCUUUUUCAUAUAAUAAAAAUGUCUUAGAGCUUGAUCUUCAUGUGGGGAAAACUAUAUACACUGUAAAUUAAGAAGUCUGGCAUGAGUGGUUCUCCCCAACCAUCAACACAUGAAGUUUGAGUGUAUGUUCAUUGUGGACCUACAGAAGGGAGGCAGAAAUCUUUAAGAAAUUUUGUAUGACCUGACCUUGAUUGUAUGUAGAAGUGUGUAUUUGGUGGGUAGGGCUAGUGGCUAAUAUGUGAAGCACUGCCAUUUAUUUGACUGAGUUUUUGAGAAUCAGUGUGAUUCAGUAGAUAAAGCAGCCUUUCCCAAACCAGUUCUUUCCUGAUGUUUUGGACCACAAGUCCCAUCACAUGUGACCAUCAGCCAUGCUGCCUGGGGCUGAUGGGAGUUGGAGUCCAACAGCUUCUGGAGGCCACCAUAUUGGGGAAGGCUCAAAUGAAGAGAUGGACUUGGAUCUGUGAAACACCCAAUGCAAAGUCCUCCUUCCUCUACCGUGGUCUGAAUGUGGCCUUGAGCAAGUCCACCAUCUCACUACCAUGGUCACCAUCUGUCAAACAGGACAAAUAGUGACUGACCUCCCAGGGCACUGGGAUAGAAAAAAGAAUAAAGACUUGAAAGUGAUGAAAAGUGUGAUAAAAUAAUUAAAGGUAGUAAUUUUAUUUACUUAAUGUUUCCUUUCCAUUUCCUCCCCAGAGUGCUUAUAAUAUAGAUGCAUUGAAGCAACCUCUACAAAGUAUACCUCAUCUUUCCUCAGGAAACACUGCUUCACUCCUCAGAUCACAUUCUGGACCACAAAGAAACCCACUUGUGAAUCACGCAUGCCUGAAAGAAUCUUCUUCUUUGGUCCCAGACCUCAAAUAUUAUGUGUCUCAAAUACAACAGGAUGCAGACAAAGAUUUGCAGAGCCUUCCAGCUGAUACUGUGCAAGUUUAUUGCCAAGAGUGCCAGCACUCUUUGAGUGGAAGCUUGCAUUCCUUGGACCUCUCCAGCAUAGAGGAAGAUCUAAAUUAUAAUUACCUCCAAGAAUGGGGACCAAAGUUUGUAAGGUUAAAAGAGCUCUAUGAACUUCCAACUGAACAGUUGUAAAAUGUGGGAGACAGGAACCUAGCACGUUGCUGUGUGAUGGAUCCUACUCCUAGGAGAGCACACUUCAAAAACAUUUUAGUAUUUUAUUUAACAAUCCAAUUUUGGUUCUAUUUAUUCAUGCUGGUUAUUUGGGAACAGUAGUGUGGUUGAUCUCCUCACCUUCCCUUAAAUUAUCUGUAUACAAUAUUUUAGUGUCUGUUGUACAAAUAACGUUAGAGGGAUAUUUGUUGUGAAGCUUUGAAACGAAGGAAUUCCGUAGCACUGAAGAGUAGCCUUUAAAGUACCUGUAACGUGUGAAUCUUUAGUAGUAAUCUAGAUGUGCGAGUAAAUUUCUGCCAUAUUGUAUUAUUUAAUCCUCUUAAUGCUAACUGUUUUGUGUAGAUAUUGUAAAAUACAUUUGUUUACUUGUCCCUCUCUUUUUGUACUUGGGCG